GUUAAGUUGACAUUUCAAAGUGGUGGCACAGGAAUGUAUGUUUUCGAAAACAAUUUGGAAAUAAAGGUGACAAAUAUAUAUUAUGGAGUAAUUAAAACACAAUAGGAGAACGGAAUACUGCUUAAGGAAGCCAUAGGAGAUGGCUUAUCAACAAAGAGAGAUGCAGUAUCCACCAAGGGACAUGAGUUACUCCCAGAGAGACUUGAAUUACCCAUCACGUGAGCCAGGGUACCCACCAAGAGAGAAUGCAUACCAGCAGCAACCACAACACGCUUACCCGUCACCCAAUCUGUCACAACGUAGCCAGAGGACUGAGCACUCACAGUCACAGAAAAGUACCCGCAGUCGGGCUUCCAUGCGCAGUUCAAAUGGGAUGCCUGACAUGGAAUCACGAAGUUUGGAAGCCUCACAUAUCCUGGAUCAGCUACAGAAAGAGAUUGUUUUCUUGACGGGUGGCCGAGACAGACAAGGGGGACCACUCCUAAUCUUUCCUCCACACAGAGAUGAAUAUUUCAUGCCAAAUGACAUCACAGCAUGUUUGAAAUAUCUCUAUCAAAUACCCAGUGAGGAGUCAAAACGUCGAGGUUUUACAGCUAUCAUUGACAGCCGAGAUGGUUCAUGGUCAAACUUGGUUACAGUGCUUGGAUGUCUUAAGCAAUCAUUAGGUGACUACCUGAAACAAGUACUUGUACUCAGGACUGACGGAAUGGGACAACGACAGGCCAGCAGCAGUAGCUUUCGUCGAGACAGAGGACCAAACAUUGAGCCACAGUUCAUCAAUCUGAAUCGCCUGUACACGUACGUAGAUCGUAACCAACUGAUCGGCAGUAUGAGCGGAACUUUGAUGUAUCACCAUACAUACUGGCUCCAAAAUAGACUGGACUUGGAAAAAUUUCUACGAGAAGCUCGUGCAGUAGCCUCACAUUUAGAUACAUCAGAAUCCGAAAUAGGUUUCCAGCAGCGGAACCAGGGACCAGACUCACCCAUAAGUCCUGUGGAAGCUCUUCGUAAACAUAGAUUCUUCCAGGAAUCCAUCCUGUCAGUGCCAAACAAGAUCCUUGGUCAAGGCCAGGACUUGCUACAGAAGUUACAGCAAUACAGUGAUGUAGCAAUGAGAGGUGAGGAGUCUGUGACCACGCUAGAUAACCUCGAGGCCCAGAAGCAAGUGAAACGGAUGUUACAGUACAUAGAAAGUCGGGUUGACAAGAUCAGAAUAUACCUAGAGAACAGAGACAGAUCGUUAAAUGUUGAUGUACAGAGAGAUACAGUGCAGAGAGAAAUUAGACAGGUUGUUGAUUGGAUAUUGGGUCCCGGGGAGAAGUUGUUAGCCUCGCAGUCAGAUAUCGGAGACUCGUAUGAGACUGCUGAAGUUUUGAGAAAAAGACACGAGGAAUUGGAAAUCAAAUGCACAGAUACAUAUGGUCAUUACGCAGAACUCCGUCAUCGGGCAGAGGAUUUAUUUGAUGGACAAGCCCAGUACUCAGACGAUAUUCGUGCACAGAGAGAUUAUAUGGACACAGUCUGUAGAAGCUUUGCAAGUCGUUUAGAGAGACGGAGAACCCUUCUAAUCACAUCAGUUCGAUUCCAUAGAUUAACAGAAGAGUUUUCGAGGAAGUUAGAUGACCUGUUAGAGAUAUUAUACAAUGAUAAGGAAGCUGAUACUGUAGAGGCAGCGAAGGAAGCUCUCGCACUGUUGAAAGAGAAAGUUGAUGCUAUAGAUUUAUCAGCAAGUCGAGCAAUGCAGGAUGGACACAGCCUGUUGGAUGAAAUGUCUCGACCAAUCAAAAAUGCUUUUGGAAAAGACAUAUCCCCAGAUUAUGACAGUCAAAUCAAACAUGUUAACCAGCGUCUGGAAGAGUUACAGGAGAGAAAAAUGCGAUGUGAUGAUCUUGCUGAAGUUAGAAAAUUAAAAUUGCAGCAAAUGUUACAGCUACGCAGCUGUGAAAAUGAUGCAGAGCAGGCAAUCAGUUGGAUAGUAGAGCUGUGUGAUGUGAUGUUGAAGACACAGACACACAUAGGACAGUCCCCACAGGAGAUUGAUAGUUUACAGGAGGAGCAUAAACAAGUGGAGACAACCGCAGGGGGUACAUAUGAAUAUGGCAAGCAGUUGGUACAGGCAGCCCUAGUACUGCGACGAUCAUUGAGAAUGGAAAUUGAACCCAAUACCAUUCUUGCGCAUAGGCUAGAGGAAGCCUGGAAACGGUUCUCGAUGGGGAACAAUGAACGUGCCAACCGACUGAAUGUAGCUUCAAUGUUCCUUGCUCAGUCAGAAAAGUUGUUGGAACGAGUAGAACAGUUAAUGGUGGUUGUUGCACAGACAUUAACAGGUGAUAUCUCAGUGCGAGAUGCUCUGGCUAGGUACAGUCCGGAAAAAGGAGACGUGGAGCGUGAAGUUCAGGAUACAGGAAGAAUGGGACGAGCUCUGCUGGAAAGACUUGCCCUGCCAGUUAUUGUCAUUGACGGGGCAGGGAUAGAACACACUGUAUGGCCAGACAGUUUGGAGAAAAAACUGAGUUCCGAGGAUCAGAGUGCAUCAGAAACUAUAAAUAAUCGUCUGCGGAAAAUGGAUCAUAAAAUGUCCGAAUUGGACAGAUACUGGUCAGAAAUGGAGAAAACUGGCCAACCACCGUCUGUCACUCCAAAAAUAUCAAAGUCAGCAGCAUAUCAAUCUCUUCCAUUAGAUAAAGGUCAAAGGUCAGCAACCUUGCCUAGCAGGUCACAAUCACAAAGAGGUCAGAAAUCUCAGACUCUUCCAGCUAGGUCGUCUUUAGGGCAACCAGGACGUGUAGGCAGCUUUAAUAAACAAGACAUUCCAAAACGAAUAAGAAAGGGACCAAUUUCGAAACAUGAUAGUUUAAGACGUAGAACAGUGGAAAUGCAACAAAAUCAAGGUCAGAGGUCAAGGCCAAGUGAUCAAGCAGAUGCAGCUUUGACCAAUGGCCAUUCUGUAGGUCAGGAACAAAAUAAAACAAACAAUAUUCCUGGUUCUCAGUCGCAGCCACAUGUUAGUCAGUCAUAUUAUCCCAAAUCAGAAGACUUUUCUCGACACAUUCCACCAGCAAGUUAUUCAUAUAAAAUCCCCUCUAGUGAACAGUCUUAUACCCAACCUCAGCCAAUGGAGGUUAACUGGGCGCCUUCACCUCAACCGGAAAUAAAUUAUUCAUACACAGUGCCUUCUGCACAACAGUCUGUUACACAACCACAACCUAUGGAAUAUUACCCGGAACAGUUACAACUGGAACAAAGUCGUGUUCAAGCUGCAGUUGAAGAACAAAUUCUUCCUGACAUUAACAGAUCAGUGCAUUCGCAAUACCAACCGGAUUCUCAGUGGGAUUCUUUGCGAUCGGAGUCACCAAGACAAUAUCAACCUGAAGUGUCAAAUUCAUUAAAAUCAUUACCUGAACAAGAAAGAAAACAGAAUUCUAUGUCUUCUGAAUCAGAAUCGGAAGCGUCAAAACGUUCAGCCGCGUAUAUGAUUCCGGAUACUUUACCGGUUUCUAAAAGUCGGCCAGAUGUAUCAAAGCGUGAAAUACCACCAAAAGUUGAUAUUCUGCCAAAAUUCCACUUAUCAAGACGAGCUGACAGUCCACCAAAAAGUUUUCAGGAGUUGUUGACGAAAUUUCAAACCGGCGAAACCGAAUCAAAACCAGUUGAAAAUAAGGAUAAAGAAGCAGUUCAGAAAGAGAUCAGUCAAGCCCUUAAGUCUCGUGCUAAAUAUCUCGAUGAUGAGUUGAAAGUUUCAGACAAGGAACAAAAAUCUGAUCUUCAAACGGAGAUGGAAGAGUGUGGAGAAUGGAUUCGAGUGCGUGUGCACCAAAUGGAACCUGACCUGAUGGAGGUCGGCUCCAAUCUAGAGGAAGCUCUCCAAUUACAGACUGAACAUGACCAAUUAUUGUCCAAACUACAGGCUAAAGAAGAAGAGAUUAAACAACUCCUGUCGCGAGCAGAUAGUUACGCCGCAGAGAACCGGUCCGAGGCCGUUGUAUACUCUGCGAUGUCGGACACUCUCGCUGAAGCGUGGAGGGAUCUCAACGACAAAUUACAAUAUAGACGACAAUUGUUAACUGAUAGCGUCACAUUCCACCAGAAAGCCAGAAUUUUCGAAUCCCAGAUGGAGCAAGCCCAGAAUCGGUUUGCCAGCCUGCCAUUGGCUACAGACGUGGAAUCAGCACGCAGACAGUUACAUCAACAUCAAGAGAUCAAACAAGACAUACUCGAAGCAUCGAAAUCCACCCUUGAUUUAGGACACGCCCUGCUUGAUCGAAUCAAGGAAAUGGGAAUGCAUGCAGACUUUACGAACAGACACGCAACAACAUCCGCGUGUUAUGGUAUUGAACAUCUACUCGAAAUGCUACAAGACAGAAGACGAAGGCUUGAGGAUCUAUGGGAAGCACGCAGAAUUCGCCUUGAACAAUCACUACAGCUGUUCCAGCUUGACCAAGAAGUAAACAAGGUAUUAACAUGGUACAGGACCACAGGACAUGCACAGCUUCACAGAACAGACUUGGGAGACUCUUACCAGUCUGCCAAAAUGAUCCAAGCCGACCACCAAAGAUUUGAACAACAAGCAAGAGACAUCCAAGAUACUGUGUUACGACUGGUCCGUAACGCUGACCAGCUCUUACGUCGAACAUCACUUGAUGCUGAGGGCGUGCGACAGCGUUUACUGGAAGUCGACACAGAAUGUGAGAACUUCAUGAUCAAAAUAGACUCUCGCAGAAAGAACAUCACAAUGGCUGUGUCGUUCUUCGACCAGUCAGAAACGGCUCUAACAAAGUUAAGCGAGAUUGAAGUCCAACUUAACACCACGGACUUACCCAGGAACAGCGCAGAACUUGCAGAUCGCCAUUCUCAGUUGUCUAACGUCAUAGUAGAGGUAUCUACGGCAGCACAGACCGAGGGUCGUCUCCUACUUGAGAGGGUCAGUAGGGACGAUUCCGGCGCUGAUGGCGUCAGACACAGGAUGCAGCAGCUGCAGCAUCGCUGUUCCGAACUCGAGUCCCUCUGUAAGGCCAGACGAGCUGAGGCCUGGGAACGUAGCCAGACAUAUCUACACUUCCAGGAAUCCUACUCAAGUAUACAAACAUGGAUGACACAGAUUAUCCAGUCAACACUGAGUCGUCAUAGCGACAUGGGCACAACCCUUACAGAGGCGGCAGAUUUCUUACAAGUACAUGAACAAUUAGAAGAAGACAUUAGAGACAAGAAUGCGGAAUUACAGACCUUAUCUGAGGCGGCAAUGUCGAUGGUCAAGUCAGGGGACCAGGAGGCAAACUCUGCCAUGGAGAAGGUUGAACAUCUAACACAACAAAUCACACGCAUUCAUCGUGUCAUAGAAGUCCGCAUCAGACUUUGUCUCAUAUAUGUCUCUUUCCAAAGGCUCGUCCAACAGAACUCUAACUGUAUGAGGAGCCUUGAACACACCCUGAGAUCGGACACAGAAAAUUUACAGGAUCUCACCGAUACUGCUGUUCAGCAGACUGAAGAAGUUUGGUCCGAGGUCGAAACAACAUUCCGUGACCUCGACGACAAAGGCAGAGAAUUCUUACAAAAUUCAUCCACCAUUACAGAUGAUUCAUCAUUACAAAUUCGCCGCACUAUUCAAACGGUUGAGUCCAUUUUAAUGGACACCCGCGAUCAUAUGACAUUCUUAACUACACAGUGGGAAUCAUGGCAGACCCACGUGUCUACGAGCCGCCAGUUCAAAACACAGUGGCAUCAGUUCAUCCAAGAUGCCAGAAAGAGCAUAGACUGGGUUAUGGCCGUAGAAAAGGAACAAUUUGAGCCCUAUUUAUCGGGUUACCUUGGAAACUCCCUCGAGGAAGCUCAGCAACUUCAAAGCAAACUUCAAGAUUUUGAGCCGGUAGCACAGAAGGCCCAAGCAGAAAUUGAGGAACAUUUGAAGACAGCUGAGCUGUUGUCCCUGAAGGGGGACACUAGGGGCCAAAAGGAACAAAUUGUGAAUGAACUGGUUAAAGUUCAUCAAAGAUUCCAAGCUAGAAUCCAUGAAUACCAAAUAUUGUUGAAAAUGACUAUACAGUUCUUUAGGAACUUAGAUCAGCUGGACAAGCUGAUAGAGAAAACAGAACAUGAAUACAUGGAAUCAGAAUUACCAAGUGAUCUAAACAGAGCAGAGAAUAUGCUUGAGGAACAUAAGAGAAAGAAACAAGAAAUCUCCCAUCUGAUAAACUACACCGCAGAGGAGGGAGAGAAAAUAGUUGUCAGAGUUAGACAAACUGAUGCAGAGGCAGUAGCUAAAGACGAUGUCCAGCGAGUUCUUGGUGCCACUGAUGAAUACAAACAUCGCUGGAAUAACACAUGGGAGGAGCAAGAACGUCGUUUGAGACAAAACCUACAGAUCUGUCAAUUCAACUUUGAUCUCAGACAGAUCCAUUCAGAAAUUGAUGAGUUACAUCAUCACCUACAAGCAAGACGUGGUAGCUAUGGCAACUCCUUGCCAGCUGCCAAAAUGACAUCACAAGCUUUCAAGCAGUUUGAAAUGACUGUUGAGUUGAUUGAGAAGAAGAUUCAAAACUUUACAACCACGGCAGAAUUGAUGGUCCAGGACGAGCAUUACGACUCUGUCCACAUCCGCCGUGAAAUUGACAUGCUCAAUACAAAAUGGACAACAUUCCAUACCAGUGUGAACGACUACAGGGAUAUGUUGGAUACAUCCAUAGAAUACUUUAAACUUAUUGAAGAGUCCGAACAAUGGAUGACUGAAGGAAACAAUUUGUUAGUUACACUCAGUCAGAAAGCCAAUCAGUGCCAAUCCCCCGAUGAGGCAAAUGAACUAAUCAAACCUGUAAAUAGAUUUGUAGAGGAGGGUAAACCAUUACAAGACGAGAGGUUGAGACAGGUCUCAGAAUUAGCAGUGCAGCUAUAUGGAGAUGAUGGUCCAAGCCGUGUACACAAUAUACAUGUACAGUAUCAAGAUUUAAUGCAGAACUUCCAGCAGGCAGACAACGAGAUCUCAAGGCUCAAACAUAAUCUUGAGCAAGGACAGCAGCCUGCUGUAGAAGAGUUUGUUCCUAUGGAAGUAACUGUGACAGCAGAGGCACCACCCAAACCACCAAGAAUUACACAACAUCUCAAGAACGCUGAAGUCAUGGAGGGAACUAAGGUGGUGUUUGAAUGCCACAUAGAGUCAGAAACUACAUUUGAGGUAAGAUGGUUCAAGGACAGUUUACCACUGAACAGUCCAGACUAUGAGACAAGGAUGGACAUCAAUGUAGCUACACUCACCAUCGAAGAAACAUUCUCUGAGGACACGGCCAGGUACACGGUCCGUGUGAGAAACGCUGCCGGAGAGGCCGAGUCAUCAGCCUAUCUACACGUCAAAGAAACCCACCAGCAAAUUGUGCCACCAGAAUUUGCUAAAAACUUAAAAUCUGUUGAUGCUUUAGAGGGAAGCCCAUUUGCAUUUGAAUGUCACAUAAUGGGCAUCCCUUCUCCAACAAUAAGUUGGUACAAAGACGAAAUAAACAUUGACAAUUCUCCCGAAUACGUCAUAACUAAGAUAAACGGCACAUGCUGUCUCAAGAUUAAGAGGGUAACACGGGAACACAGUGCCCGUUACACAUGCAGAGCAAUAAAUCCUGGAGGCGAGGCCGCUUCGUCUGCACGUCUGACAGUUAUUCCUGCUCAGACUCCAGUUAUUCAGCAACCGCUCAAGGAUAUUGUGGCACCAGAGGGAAAGCCAAUCAGAAUAGAGAUUGUAUUCUCUGCUAGUCCCGCCCCUCAGGUCACAUGGUACAGAGGUCCAGAGAAAAUUGUCCCAUCAAAUCUAUACACUAUUACCAUAGAAACAACAAGAUCAGUUCUUGAAAUUACUGAAGCAUAUCCAGAAGACUCUGGUGAUUACUCUGUGGUUAUAAGAAACCCGCUCGGAGAGGCAAGGAGCGGCUGUACCAUUACGAUUGAAAGCUUCUACUCAAGUGCUGCUCCUAGUACAACUUUACCCAGCGAAACCCGACCAGUUGAGGAUGUAUCAGUUGCCUCCCUUGAGGAACCAGUGCCUCCAACAUUUACCCAGCAACUUUUGCCAAGCAGGGAAGUUAUGGAGGGAAGUCGUGUACGUCUCGACUGUGUUCUUAUUGGCAACCCUGAACCAGAGGUUAUCUGGUUCCAUAAUGAUAAACCAGUGAAAGAAUCGUCAGAUAUACAGCUUCUGUUUGAGGGAGAUCGCUGUACUCUGGUGAUCAGAGAAGCUUACCUUGAGGAUGCCGGAAACUACAAAGUAUCUGCAAAGAAUGAACACGGCAAUGCUGACAGUACCUGCAGGCUGCAUGUUGAACCAUUGAGUGAACUCAGUGAUGCUUCAAUAAGCCAGGAAAUCUCUGCACCCAAAUUCACCCAGUUGCUAAGAGAUGUAAACACACAACAAGGUCAGCGAGUGACCUUACAGUGCAGAGUUCAAGGUCAUCCACUACCAAGUGUUCAAUGGUACAAGGACAACAGACCACUGGAGUCCAGCGCAGACUUCCAGGUUACUGCAUUUGCUGAUGUACACAAUCUGACAAUCCCAGAAGUCUUUGUUGAAGAUGGUGGAAACUAUAUGGUCAAGGCCACCAACAAAGCCGGCGAGGCAAAAUGUUAUGCCAAGCUGACCGUGAAGCCAGCCCCUCCCUCGCAAGAACUGAAGAGUGUAGAGGUCAGACGCACAACAACAGAAUUGACUCACUCCCCACCCGAGUUCUUGAAACUGUUCCAGGACAAGGUGGUGAGAGCUGGAGAUAAAGUGACAUUGGACUGUAUCAUUGUGGGAAGUCCCAAACCAAAGGUAACAUGGUUUGUCAACGGUGAACCAGUCGUAUCCCAGGACUACCAGAUCAGCAUGGAGGGAGAUCACUACUUGCUACAUAUACCAGAAGUGUUCGACGAAGAUGCCGGAAGAUUCUCUGUCACGGCAGAAAACCCAUCUGGUAAAGCAACAUGUUCCGGUAUGCUUCAUGUGGAGGAACCGAUGUCUACAGAAAUGGCACCGGUUGUACAGAGUAGGACAUUUGAAUCAAAGAGAGCUGGAAUGUACUCUUCCACUGAAACAUUGACGACCACUGAGACACGUAUCUCUCGCCGUUCAGUCACAGAGGUGCGCACCGAGGGUCAGGCAUACGUUCCCUCAAAAGAAGAUUAUUCCACAACACUUGUAACAGACGUAAAACCCAAAUAUGACAUUGAAGAAAUCAAGGCGCAGGAACGCUUUGCUACAACUAUAACAACUGAUAUGCAACCGAAAUACCAGCCGGUUGAUUUGACUAUAUCUGUUCCGAUACCGCCCAAAUUCUUGCAAGCACUGAAGAAUGUUACAACUAUGGAAGGAACCAAAGUCACAUUUGAAGGGGUUGUAACAGGAAAACCCGAGCCACAUAUCAAAUGGUUCAAAGAAGGCAAGGAUUUGACUGAUGGUCCUGACUUUGAGAUUUCAUACAGAGACGGGCGCGUUAGUCUGAUGAUCCCGGAGGCUUUCCCAGAGGAUACUGGGAAAUAUACAUGCAAGGCAACAAAUAUCGGAGGCCAGGCUUCAAGUACAGCAGAACUUAUUGUUAGAGCCUCAGUGAUUCCGCCAUCUUUCACUGAGAGACUUUAUGACAUAUCCAUCAAGGAGGGAGAACCUGUCAGGUUAACUGUCAGAGUGGCAGGUCACCCCGCCCCCGAGGUCACAUGGUACAGAGAAGGCCAGCAAUUGGUCAGCUCUCCUGACUUUGAAAUUAUCCAGGAGGGUGACAUUCACUCCCUUUGCAUACCAGAGGUAUUCUAUGAAGAUGCUGGCAAAUUUACAGUAAAGGCUCAAAACCCAGGUGGCCAGGCACAAGUCUCUGCCAACCUUGUCGUUCAAGCUUUGCCUAAGAUUGAACAAGAGGAACUGAAACCAGUCAGUGAAGCUCGUGAAAUGUUUGAGCCCAGCCGGGCACCAGGUGUUCGCACAGCACCGAAAAGACCAACAGACGAAGAGCCGCUUUUCAAAGUCUCUAAAAUACAGAAACCUGCAGAAGCACCGAAACCAGAAAAAUUCACUGAUAAGGUCCAAAUGGAAAUUGUGGACCAAAGACCUAUACCAGAAUACCAAAAGAAAAUUCCGCUGUACGGAAUUCCAGUUGAGGAACCGGAAAUGAAACCAGAAAAGAAGAUUAAGACAUCGGCAGAAAUGCGUCUGCCGAAAUUCGGUGUCCCAGUUGAAGGACAGGUAGCACCACCAACAAAACAGACUAUUUAUCUGAAAGAAAAACCAAGAUUUACAAAACCACUAAGAGACACAAAGGUCAAGGAAGGUGAAAAGGUCAAACUUGAAGUGGCCUUCAAAGGUCAACCGGAACCUAUUGUUAAAUGGUACAGAGAUGAUUCUGAAAUUCAAAGCUCGACUGACUUUGAAAUUUCUUACAGUGAUGAAGGAACAUCACUGUCUAUUGCUGAAGUAUUUCCAGAAGAUGAAGGAAGAUUCAAAUGUGUCAUCACAAAUGCCGACGGCUCAGCUACAUCAGAAGCUAACUUGGCUGUACUGCCUGCGAAGCCACCUGCUACGGCAGUCAAACCUCCAGUCUUUGAAGACUUUGUACCAGAAGUCGCCGGUCCUCGUGAAGAAAGGAUCCCAUCACCAAUUGAGGCUGUUAAACCAAUGUUUAUUGAGAGACUACAAACAACACGCCUUGUCGAAGAUACUAACAUCAUCCUAGAGAGUCAUGUCUCAGGCCAGCCAUUCCCAGAUGUGUACUGGACCAAGGAUGGGAAAAAAUUGUGGCCUGAUGCCAGACACAAGAUAUCUGUUGAUGAGCACACGGGAAGAUGCACGUUGAUCAUUUCCCACUGCCGACCAGAAGAUGCUGGAGAAUACGCAUGUAUAGCUGUCAAUCCAAUGGGUGAAACCAUUACUACAGCAACACUUCUUCCUGUAGAAAAGAAAGAACCACCGACUGCUCCACCAUUGCCGGCUUCCAUGCCGCCAACACUGCCAUUCGACCAGGAAGUUCUGCAGAGAGCACAACAGCCCAGGCGCACUGAAAAGGAGUUCUUUAUUCCACGCUCUAACCGAAUUCUUGAGAGCAACAUGGACUACAGAAUGUCGCAACAGGAAGAACCAGAGUAUCAACAAGUCAUGGAGGAGGAAGUCUCACCUAGAUUCCAGGUAUCUCAUUUCGAGGAUCGUUUACGUGAGGAGAUACAGUACCGGGAAGGUAAAGUCCGGUUUGCUAGCGAGACUGAGACAUCAGAGUAUGAUUCCGAAGUGCCAGAUGCCAGUGCACCGGAAUCCCCUCCACAGAUUGUUCAAACAAUGAAAGACUUUCACCUAAUAGAGGGCGCAGAUGCAACUUUCGUCUGCAGAAUUAUAGGCAAACCUAGACCAAAGGUUGCUUGGUAUAAAGAUGGCCACCGCGUCAAGCGCUCAAAUCGUUACGAAAUUAAGUACGAUAGAGAUGGCUUCUGCACGCUGCGUAUCCGCGUGGCUCUCCCCGAGGAUGCUGGUUACUACACAGUGCUUGCUGUCAAUGCUCACGGCAAAGACACCUGUUCUAGUCAAUUAAUUGUAGAGAGUGUUGGAAAUAUUGAUGCUACCUCAUACGUCCAACCAGAAACCCUUGACAGAAUGUUUAGAAAAGACUUAACUCGAGCACCUAGUGACCAAGAUGUAGGUGGUGUGUUCGAGUCCCAGCUCAAACCUCAGUUCAAGAUGAAACCCAAUGAUACUGAAGUUCGGGAGGGCCACACUGUCCGGUUCGACACACUGGUAACUGGACGUCCAGCACCAGAACUGACUUGGUUCUGCAAUGACCGCAAGGUUCACCCUGAUGACCACCACAAGAUGGUAGUGAAUGAAGACAGUGUACACUCACUGAUCAUCACCAAGGCAUCGCCACAUGACGCUGGUGUAUAUACAUGUCUUGCCACAAACAAAGCCGGAGAAAAUACAUUCAAUGUUAACCUGAGAGUUCUCGAACGUGAACAGAUGCAGCCUCCAAAGUUUGUGGAGAGAAUGCAGAAUUACACGAUCAAGGAAGGUCAAAGCGUGACCUUGACUGCACGUGCUGUUGGCACGCCAACCCCAAUGAUGAGCUGGCAGAAAAAUAACAAAAUGUUGACACCCAGCAAAGAUUACAAAAUUGAGAUAGACAGUGGCAGAGCUGUUCUAUAUAUAGAAGAUGCCAAGAAAAGUGAUGCUGCCUGGUUCCAGUGUACUGCUGUUAAUGUUGCUGGUUCCGCUAUGACAAAAGCUAAACUGGUUGUAACACCUGAAAUUGCAAAGAAAGAGGAACAAGUCCAGAAAUUUGUAGUACAGCCAAGACAAACCUCACCACAAUAUGAGAUACAGCCUGAAGGCUUUGUACAGGAGAUUUCCUAUGUUAAAGACGGAGAUAGUGCAGUUUUACGUCUUGUCAAGGAAGAAGAUCUUAGCAGCUCUCCACCCAGCUAUCUAUCCUCUGAUUCACCUGACCAGGCCUCACCUUAUUCUACCUUACCUCGCGGGGUUAAACCCCCGCCUCCGACUCCAGUGUGUGCCUCUGUUGAAGCCUCACCAGAAUUGCGCCGCAAAAGAAUGCCCUACCAGAGACUUGAGAGACCAGAACCUAUGGCUGUUCCCAUGGAAAUGGAAGUUGAGGAAGAGACCAAGGUACCAACUGUAGCUGAGGCUCGCGCUCGCUUCGAUACCACAGAUGCUGUUCCACCAAAGAAAGUAUCCAAGAUGGAAUUCAAGCCAGCUGGUCCACCAAAGGUUCCAGUUCCAGCUAAAGUUCCGUCAAAGCCGGAACCAGUACCAGAAAUUAUACCAAAGAGAAAGGUUCCACCAGUCCAGAGACCGGUACCAAGACCAGAACCACCUCGACCAGAACAACCAAGCAGGACAACCAAAAAGAGUCCCUCUCCAAGUUACGAGUUACAGCCAGAAGGGCCUGUACAACAGAUCAGUUAUGUGUCAGACACGGAAUGUGGCUAUGUGCGUGUCGUAUCAGAGGAGGAACUGGAUUACAGAAGACGUGAAGCACCAACCAGAGCAGAGCCACCAAAAGUGCCUGUAUCAGAAGAGGAAGAAAGAAAAAAGCAUGUCCCAUCAAAAGUUCCCCCUGCAAAAGCACCGAAACCAAAGAAGGCACCAUUUGUGCAGCCGGUUGUUAAGUUUCAACCGGAAGUACCGACAUCGGUUAGUGCACCAGAAACAAGUAGAACCGAGGCAAAAGUACAGCUUAAAGUGCCACCAGGGGUAAAACCGAAACCGAAAAGAAAAGCAGAUUCACCAGAAAGUCACUAUGAUAUCCAGGAAAAAGGCUAUGUACAGGAGAUCCAUUAUGUCUCUGAUACAGAGAUGGGAUCUCUCCGACUCGUUGGUCAUUCUACCGAGGAAGAGUCGUCAAGUCACUAUGACAUCCAAGAAAAAGGCUAUGUACAGGAGAUUCACUAUGUCUCCGAUACGGAGAGAGGAACUCUCCGACUCGUCAAUUAUUCUACAGAGGAGGAAUCUUCAAGAGCCGAAGACUUGUUUCCAAAAGUUGAGCCUCAAAUUCCUGCAUCCUUGGAAACCAAAUACAAGCUAUUCAGACCGCAGAAACCUCCAUCACCAAAAGAAAGACGUAGAGUACGGAAAACGCCUUCUCCUCCAAAAGAGAAAGUCACAAGCAAAUCUGAUACAGAGAUUAAAAAGCCUGGGCCUCCUGUAAGGCCUAAACCUGUACGCCCUAAGUGGAAGGCCCCGGAGACAAAAGGGGCCAAAUAUCACCCUGUUGCUUUUGAACCCAAACCUGACACAACGGUCACAACUGAAGUUCAAGUUCCUAUGACAAAACCCUUAACUGAACAACCAGAUACCAAGAAAACCCAUUUAGACUAUCUUGUUUCCAAACCCAAACCAUGGAAACCUGAAGUAGAACCAAAACUUGAUUGGCAAACUAAGUUUGAGGCACAAGUUCAAAAAACAAAAUUGGAAGUCUCCAUGGCCAAACCUGAGCCUAAGUUUGUGGUCACUCCUAAAGUUACACAAAAAACUGUGAAGGAAGUUCAGUUAGAGGUUAAAGAACCAGAAAUGCCAAAGCCUAAGUUCAAAGCUGAACCGAAGGUGACACAAAAAACUAAGAAAGAAAUUAAGUUAGAGGCUAAAAAACAAGAAAAACUGAAACCUAAGUUCAAAGUCGGACCUAAGGUGACACGAAAAACUGUAAAAGAAUUCGAGGUAGGUGCUGAACAACCAGAAGAAGAUGAGUAUAUAAUUACCUAUGAGGUUCCUGAAGAUGAAACCUUCCAACAGAGAGUGACAAAAAGAACACAUGAAACAUGGAGUCAAAAAACUAGUAAAUCUGAAAGUAAAAUAGUCAUUAUGUCUGGUACGUCUGACGAUUCUGACGCAGGCUAUUUCAAGAAAGCAGUUUCUAUAACAAAAUUACCCCCACCCACGCCUGAGAAAAUGAUAAUUGAUGGGGAUUUAUUUCCUAAGAAACCAAGGAAGUAUAAACGUGUCAGGGUUCGUAAGCACAAAAGCCGAAGGGUGAAAUACCAGCCUGUUCCCUAUGUCUCCAGGCCAACCAUUUUCUGGGUACCAGACAGAACAGAUGUUUUAAUGGCUGCUGAAGCCUGGGCCAGGGACGUUGACCAUGAAAGUGCCGUGCGUGAGUAUAUCAGACGUGAGGGUGAGGCACCAGCUCCCGAGGAUCUGUACCAUAAAUCGAAACAGUUGCCACCAAGGUUCAAGACUGAGAUAAAGAGUAUGAUCCACCUGAAAGAAAAUGAACCAAUCCACUUCGAGUGUAAACUGGUGCCCAUUGGCGACCCCCACAUGAAUGUGGAAUGGUUCAAGGAUGGACAACCAUUGCAGUAUGGCCACAGAUACAAGCCAAGUCAUGAGUUUGGAUUUGUCUCCCUGGACAUAUUAUACAUGUACCCAGAGGAUUCUGGUGUAUAUACAUGUAGGGCCACCAACAUGUACGGUACUACAGAAACAUCUAGUGAAGUCAUAUGUAGAGGUCGUAGAUCUAUCAUCAUGGACACACAGUUGCCUGGGGAAGGUGCAAUACGCCUGCAAGAAAUGGAGGAGGUCUGGAGAGGCCACACCCAUUUAGAAGAGCAGGAUAUUGAAGCACCCAAGAUGAAGAGCCCACCAAGCAUUGACCUGAAACCUGAACCUGUAGAGGUUCAAGAAGGCUUCCCAGCCAAAUUCCUGGUAAAGGUCAGUGGAUACCCACGACCCCGAGUCAACUGGUUCGUCAAUGGUUGCCUCAUUGUCAGUGGCACCAGAUACAAGGUUACAUAUGACGGCAUGAUGCAUUACCUGGAGAUACCUCGAGCACGUGACACAGAUAUAGGUCAAGUACGUGUUGUUGCACGUAACUGUGAAGGAGAGGCUGAGGCAUCUACCUCACUUAACGUUCUACCUCAUGACGACUGGAGAUCCAAACUGAGACAAGCUCCAAAAGGAGAUCUUCAAAUAGAGCUUGACAGGAGACAGAAGAUUGAGUUACGCAGACCACAGGUCAGCGAGUACAAACAGAUUGAGAAAGUUGGUGACAAGGAGAUAACUAUUACCAAGACAGACAGAGAAACUAUCAUUACAGAACAGCAAUAUAUUACAACACACCGAGAAUUACGACCGGUCAAACAACCAGAAGAGCGUGAAAUGCCAGCUCGUGUUGUACGUCCCGACAGACCGGAAAUUCAACUUGAGAUUCAGCAGGCCAGGAUGGUACCCAUCAUUCCAGAGGCUGCUGAACCCAAGAAAGGGGAACCAGUGGUGUCUGAGCAGCAAGUUCUACUUGAGCGUAGGGAACCACCUGUGUUUACCAAACCACUUAGACCAGCUCGUAUUACUGAAGGAAAACCAGUACAGAUGGAGGUCCACUUCAAGGGUUAUCCACCACCUUUGAUUACAUGGUACCGAGACAGCUUUGAGAUCCGUCCAUCACAUGACUUCCAGAUCGUAACCACGGAGACAACAAGCAAAUUGUCUAUACCAGAAGUGUUCCCAGAAGACACUGGUCUGUUCACAGUUAAAGCGUACAACAUGUAUGGCAUGGUACAGUGCAAGGCCAAGUUGACCGUCGUUGAAGAAGAAGAGCCGACCAAAGACAUACCUCCAGAGUUCCGUAACCUCAUCCGUGACAGCCAAGCUGUUGAAGGAGAACCGGCGACAUUUGACUGUAAUGUCACUGGAAAUCCUAAACCAAAAGUUCACUGGGAGAAGGACGGAAAACCAAUGGAUGAUAGUCCAAGGAUGAAAUUCAUUCACGAAGAUGACAAUUACACUAUGUUGAUUUAUGAAGUAAAACCUGAAGACGCAGGGGACUAUGCUUGUGUUGCCAUUAACAAUGUUGGCAAGGCAACCUGCACAGCCAGACUUUGUGUGGAAGUGCCCAUACAGUCACCAGAGCCCAUGGAGCCCCAGGAGAUCGAGCCCAAAGUGAGCCCACCACAAUGUAUCCAGGAGCCACAGAGCCUUGUCACAGAUGAAGGAGAACCUGUGACCUUCACAUGCAGGAUCCGAGGAUCUCCUCCUCCAGUUGUGACUUGGUACAGAAACAACCAGAUUGUGAAGCCGUCCAAGUACUUCCAUAUGGAGUCGACACCAGAUGGCGUACAUAGUCUCAGUAUCCUUGAGGCUUUCCCUGAGGACACUGGAACUUACAAAUGUGUGGCCAGGAACAAGGCUGGCGAAACUACAGUAACUUGUCAUCUCAAAGUUCAUGGUUUGGAAAGUGAACCAGAACAAGUUUCACCCAAGUCACAAGAGCAGCCGCCACAGAUUAUAAAGCCAAUCACUAACACCCUGGUUGUAGAGGGCAGCCCGGCUAAAUUUGUAGCCGAGUACAGUGGAGAACCUCAGCCACAAGUCACAUGGCUCAGAAAUGCUCUACAGGUUUUACAGGAGACUAGAGAUAUCAAGAUUGUGACAACAAGAACAUCAACAACAUUGACAAUAAAACAGGCUUUCCCAGAAGAUUCUGGUUUGAUCACCUGUAGACUGAAGAACAAACUCGGCAUGACUGAAUGUUCAGCUGAACUUUACGUCCAAGAUGCCCAGCAAGCCAAACUUUUGGAGGAACGUUACAAGACCACUAUAGAGCGAUCGCCACCAGAGUUUGUCAAACCUUUACCAGCAGUACGUGAAAUACAGCCAGGAGAAACUACCAGACUGGAAGCUACUGUAGCCGCCCAGCCACCACCUAAACGUUACACGUGGACAUUCAAGGGUAAGGAAGUGAGACCGUCUGACAGAGUGAGGAUUGUACGUGAGGCCAACACCAUCAUACUGAUCAUCUCACCAACAAAACCACAAGAUGAAGGGGAAUACAUACUUAAGGUGGAGAAUGACAUUGGAGAGGUCACAUGUAGAACAACCUUGACAUUGCCAGGCAAAGAAAAGGUUAUAGAACUACCUCCAGUUGGACCUGAUCAGAUGACUUUGACUCAUACAACGACAACAGUAACUAGGGAAGAGGUCGUCACUACACGGACACUCAAACCAGAACUUCUACAGCCCCUAGAACCUGAAAUCUAUGUCAGAGAACGGGGUAUUGCCAGACUUGAAUGUAAAAUAGAUGCCUACACACCACCUAUGGUCACAUGGUUUAUCAAUGGAAUGGAAAUCAAACCUUCACCACAUUAUGAAAUGCUGUAUGAGGAUGGGAAAUCCGUGUUACUGAUUAUAGAAGUUGGCCCAGAGGAUACUGGUGAAUAUACAGUGAAGGCCAGCUCAGAUGAGAUUGGAGAAGUAGUUAGCAGCACAACACUUUAUGUUCAAGAACCUGCCACAGCUGAGAUUACAUUCCCUGGUGCUCCAGAUACAGCCGCAGUCCCGGAGGGACCAUCUCAACAAAUGAUACCACCUAAUUUCAUCAUGGCUGUACAGUCAGUACAAGCCAUUGAUGGUCAGGAACUACGCAUACCUUGCAAGGUCACUGGCAAACCCAUGCCACAGAUUUCUUGGUAUCAUAAUGGUAAAAAUAUAGACCAAGAUGAAGAAUAUGUUAUUACAUACAAUCCUGAGGAUGGUGACAUUAGUUUACUAAUUGUUGAGGUUUUCCCUGAGGAUGAAGGUGAAUAUGUAUGUGUGGCACACAAUCCCGCUGGAGAUGCAGUCACCAGAGCAACUCUGGUUGUUGUUGAGCCUGAAGAAACUGCUCCCACUGAGCCUGUUACUGAGGAGACAGAGGUCAAGAAGGUGCCAGAAGAAGAAUGUGUACCUGAAGCCAUGGAGAUUGAGGAAGAGGAAGUUAAACCAGAUGUUAUUGAGAGACCUAAACCGGUGCCAGUGGUUGAGGAAAGACCCAGAUCACCUUCACCAGAAUUGGAAAAGUUUGUACCAGCACCAGCAACGGAAAUUGAGGAACUUCGACUUGAAAUCAUGGAAGAAACUGUUCAGCCUGUGAAAAAAGUAAAAAUGGAAUUUAAAAUUGGUCAGGAACCUACUGUAGUGACUGAAGAGGAAGAAGUCAAACCAGAAGUUAUUGAGAGACCAAAACUUGUUCCAUUGGUUAAGGAAAGACCAAGGUCACCCUCACCAGAAAUGGAAAAAUUUGUACCAGCACCAGCAGCUCCUGUUGAAGAACUUCCCCCAGAAAUUCAAGAGGAAAUUGUUCAGCCUUCUAAGAAAGUAAAAGUUGAAGUCAAAUUUGGAGUUGAACCAGCAGGAGUGACUGAAGAGGAAGUUAAACCAGAAGUUAUUGAAAGACCUAAAUUGGUUCCGGUAGAAGAGACAAAACCAAGAUCUCCAUCCCCUGAAUUCUUUGACACUGUUGAGAUACAGAAAACAGUUGAAGUUCCUGAAGCUCAAGAAGAACAACCAGAAGUUUCUGAAGAAGUUGUUGAACAUGAAGUCAAACCAAAGGUAAUUGAAAGACCGAAACCCAAACCAAUUGUAGAAGAAGCCCCAAGACCAGAAUCUCCAGUUUAUGAAGAGAUAGGUGAAGCUCCCAUUUAUGAGGAAAUCCCAGAAAGGCCACCACCAGAGGCUGAAGAAGAAAUAAUGGAACCUUCGGUAAAAGAAACAAAGGUGGCUCGACCAAAACCAAAAUCUAUCAUAGAGGAAAAAGCACCAGAAGAGCCAGAGUUUGUAGAAGAAAUUACUCCAGUUAAAGAAGAACCAGUAGAUGUUCAAGAAGAUGUGAAGGAAGAAACUCUGGUUCCAGAUCAAGUGACCAAGAAAGUUGAACUACCUGAACUAAAACCGAAAGAUGAAAAACUUGAUAAAAAAGCAUCUACAAAUGGGGAAGAAGCUCCUAGGCGAAAAGAAGAAAUUCAUGUUGAAGAUAUUUAUGAAACAGUUGAUGAAGGUGAGACAGUUGAAGAAAUUCCGCCUGAAUUCGUUGAACUUCUUCAGCCACAGAUUGUAAAAGAUGGAGACAGAGUAGUCCUGAAGUGUAAAGUGGUUGGAGUUCCAGCACCAACAAUAACAUGGUUCAGAGAGGGUCAGGAAAUAACUCCAAGUUCAGACUUCCAGCCAGGUUUUGAAACAAACACAGGAACUUGUGUUCUAGAGGUACCAGAAGUAUUUCCAGAGGAUGCUGGAGAGUACGCAUGUAGAGCAGUGAAUCCAUUUGGAGAGUCUGUCACUACUGCAAAUCUCUUAGUGGAAGUUGCUGCGGAGGAACCCUCGGAGAUAUCAACCACAUCCACUGAAGCUACAACCAUUAUGGCUGAAGUUGGAGAAGGUCUGAUGGAAGAAAUUCCAACUGAAGAAGCCCCGCAACCCACAGAGGAAAAGCGGCCACCAGAAUUCAUCCGUCCACUGGUUACAGACUUGGAGCUCCCAGAAGGUGGCAUUGCCAAGUUUGUGAUAGAAGUGACAGGUCAGCCAUUACCAACAGUAUCCUGGUACUACAAUGAUUCCCCGCUGGAACCGUCACCAAGGAUACAGAUUAUUAUUGAUCGCAAUGUGUCUACACUGAUAAUCUUCAACACGGUGCCUGAGGAUUCUGGGGACUAUGUCGUUGAGGCCAAGAAUGAUGUUGGCAUUAUCACAUGCAAGUCAACACUGCACAUCACACCUCAUAAAACCAAGGACAUUGAGCUUGUACCAGAGCCCACAGAGACUACCUAUGUGUACACUGAUGAAGAGGAGACCAUUGUCAAGAGACCUGUGUUUGAAUCUGACUACGCUUUCACCAGUGAAGAUGAAAUUCCUGAAGACCAACUCCAUCCUCCAGAAUUUACUCAAUUGCUUCAGCCAAUGACAGUUCGAGAUGGCCAGAGAGUUGAACUGAUUGUUCACUUUCUGGGUCGUCCUUCGCCAAGGAUACGUUGGUUCCAUAAUGGACAAGAAGUGCUGAAAAGCACUGAUUUUGAAAUAAUUAUUGAUUAUGACAAAGGAACAAGCAUGUUAAUCAUUGUUGAGGUGUUCCCUGAAGAUGAAGGAGAAUACACAUGUAUUGCUUCAAACAAACUUGGUGAGACCAUUACAACCUGUAGACUAACCAUUGUUGGUCCAGAAGAAGAGAUUCCAUCUGCAGAAUCUCAUAAAGAAACAAUUGAGAUCCAACACACUUUACCUGAAGCUCAAGAGGUACCAGAAACUACACGUGUUACCAAGACGAUCCAUGUGGAAGGCAAGCCAGAUGACUCCAUGAUUGUACCAGAGGAAACCACUCACACUGAAGCUAUCAGAAUUGACCAGCAGCCAAAAACUGUAGUAAUACCAACACAGAGAUUCCAGGAGACCGUAGAGAUUGGGCAGAAACCCAAGAGACCUGGACCAGCCUUUGAGAUAAGGGUUGGUGUACCAAAGACAACACCCUCUACUACUGCUGAAAAACUGACUGAAACUACAACAUACACAACAAUUACUAGUCAGAUUCAGGAACAUCCAGAGGAAAUACCAGAGAUCAAGGAAGGCAAGGAGACCAGAACAACUACCAUCAUCAUUGACAAACCUGGCCAGGAACAACCUGUGCAGCUCACAAUGGAAAUACCGGAGAAACCAGUAAAAGAAGAUGUUGUCUCAGCAACACAAACUACAAAGACAACUGUUACCAAGGAGCUAAGGAUCAAGGAGAUGGAAGGUGAAGGCAUUCCUGAGUCCCACACAGAGACUAUUGAAAUUACACCAGAAUCUAAACCUCAGGAAAUAGAAAUGAUAGUCACUGUUCCAAAAACUACUGCUCCAAAAACUACACCAGAGACUACAGUCAUUACCACUGACAUGGAAGAAACAAUGACACAGACCAAAAGAAUAGAAGUUGAAAUCCAAGAGUCAACAAUGACUCAGAAACCCAAACAAAUUGAAAUGGUUAUCCCAAAAACUGAGACAACCACCACCGAUAUUCAAAUUACUACACCUGCUCUUGUGGUACAGGCCACUAGACCAGCUGAUGAACAGAUUGAAGAGACAAGACCAACUAUUGAAGUUGCUACUAAAGAAAUUCCAGCUGCAGCCAAGCCAACUGAAAAAGAAACAAUUGAUAUUGACAUUAAAGCAAAACCAUUGAAGCAAGAAGUGGUGAUGGAAGUGUCAACAAAGGUUGUUCCUGAAGAAACAGCUCCAGUAGAGGCUGAAAUUCCAGCACCGACUCAACCAAAGGAGGUUGAGGAAAGAGAAACAAUAACAGUCAAACCUGCACCUGAACUGGAAACUAGAGCACCAGAAGAAGAAGUGAAGAUUUCUGAGAGAGAAACUAUUGAGAUUGUUAAGAUUCCAGAAGAGGAACAGACCUUUGAGAUUGAAAUAGAUGUUCAAGAUCAGACUGCUCCGACAGUAACAGAAACUAUUCAGAUUGAUACUGUAACCAAAGAAACAACAGUUGAACAGGUUCUUCCAGAAGUGACAGAAACACACAAAGAAGAAAUGACUUUUGAAAUUGCUGGUAAGCCUAUGGAGGAAGUUCAGCUUUCUUUUGCUGUUCAGCCUGCUGAGAAACAGGUCCCACAGAAAGAAGAAGUAAAGGAAGUUGAGACAGUAACUGAAACUGUAACUGAAACUAUACAACUUCCAGAAGUAGAGGAAACACCACAGAAAGAAGAACCUGUGGAAACUCAAGAAAAACCAUUUGAAGAAGUCCAACUGACAAUUGAUGUCAAAGGACUUGAAACUACUGAAAUUGAAGAAAUUACUUCAACAGAAAAGACUGAAGUUACUGAAACAACUACUGUUACUGUGCCAAUGGUAACUGAGAUGAAGAAAGAUGAAAUUACUUUGGAUGUUCAGGAGAGGCCAUCAGAAAAAGUUUCCAUUGACAUUGAAAUUCAGGAGGGUAAAGAAAUUCCUGAAAUUGAAGAGGUUACUUCAACAGAGAAGACAGAUGUUACACAAACUAUAACAUUUGAAAUUCCUGAAGUGACAGAUACCCAUAAAGAAGAACUUAUCAUGGAAUUUGCAGAUAAACUGGCACAGGAAGUUACAAAAAAUAUUGAACUUCCAAAGGAAAAGGAAGCUCCUGUAACUGAAGAAACAAAAGUCAUUGAGACAACUGAAGUCACACUUAAGACAGUCACUGAAGUUCCUGAGGUCAAAGAGAAGACAACUAAAGAAUUUACUAUUGAAACUCAGGAGAAACCUCAAGAAGCUGUGCAGUUUGAAAUUGAAAAAAAGCAGAAAGAGGUACCAGAAACUACUGAAGUGACAGAGUUAGAUGUUACAGCAAAAACUGUCACUGAAACUGUUGAAUUACCAACAGUUGAAGAGACCUUUACAGAUGAAGUGACUUUAGACAUAAGCAAAAAGCCUGAAGUAGUGCAGAUGGUGGUUGAGUUACCAACUUCAGAGGUUACCACAGAAACAGUAAUAGUUACUUCUUCUGAGAUAACAGAAGAAAUUCCAGAAGAAGUUAAAGAAACUGAGAAAUACAAAGAAGAAAUUCAGCUGGAUGUAAAAGGCAAACCAGUUGAAAUGCAGGAAAUGGAAAUCACUAUACCUGUUCAGCCAAAAGAAAGCCCAAAGGAAACUAGUCCAAAAGAGAAGGAAGCUCCUGUAACUGAAGAAACAAAAGUCAUUGAGACAACUGAAGCCACACUUAAGACAGUCACUGAAGUUCCUGAGGUCAAAGAGAAGACAACUAAAGAAAUUACUAUUGAAACUCAGGAGAAACCUCAAGAAGCUGUGCAGUUUGAAAUCGAAAUAAAGCAGAAAAAGGUACCAGAAACUACGGAAUUGACAAAAUUAGAUGUUACAACAAAAACUGUAACUGGAACUGUUGAAUUACCAACAGUUGAAGAGACCUUUACAGAUGAAGUGACUUUAGACAUAAGGAAAAAGCCUGAAGUAGUGCAGAUGGAGGUUGAGGUACCAACUUCAGAGGUUACCACAGAAACAGUUGUAGUUACUUCUGAGAUAACAGAAGAAAUUCCAGAAGAAGUUAAAGAAACUGAGAAACACAAAGAAGAAAUUCAGCUGGAUAUAAAAGGCAAACCAGUUGAAAUGCAGGAAAUGGAAAUCACUAUACCUAUUCAGCCAAAAGAAAGCCCAAAGGAAACUAGUCCAAAGGAGACCAGCCCAAAGCAGGAGAGCCCACUACAAGCUCCAACUGCUGAGGAGAUCUUUGAGACAUUUGAAACUGUUGAGGAAGGCUUUCCAGAAUUCACUUGGGGAUUGACCUCUCUUAAGGUCAUGGAUGGAGAAGAAGCGAAGUUCUUCUGUGAACUCAAAGCUGAACCUACUCCAGAAGUGUCCUGGUUCCAUGAUGAGAAACCUAUUGCUGAAAAUCAGGAUUUCAGAAUAACCUUUGAGCCAGAGACAGGCAAAUGUACCUUGUUGAUAGUAGAGGUAUUUCCCCAGGAUGCUGGUGAGUACCGCUGUAUAGCUGUCAACGAGCGAGGCAAGGCCAUCUCCAGAGCUACUCUCGAAGUAGAAUCAUAUGAGUAUGUAGCAGAUACAGAAGAAGCGUCUGACUCAGUGCAGUCAUCUGUGGAAACAAGCUCCCCUCGACAGAGAGUAGAUUCUGACACAGAAGUGACGGAUGCUCGUAGACAGAUGAUUGAGGAAAUGCAGGAGAUGCAAGAUCGUAUCCAUGCCAUCUUCUCUGGUGUGAAAGAGGAUCUUGAAGCGGACAUUGAGGAAACAGAGCAUCGCCGUGAAGAGAUCAUGCGCUCCAGUCUGCACGAGGAUCAGCUUCUUGAAGGUGAAAUCUCAGAUCUCUCUGAGGAAGUGCCAGAAGAGGCAGUACCUGUUGAAGAAUUAAGGGUUGUAAAGGUGCCCACUGAGGAAGUGACAGAGUUCAAAAUACAGGAGAUCCCGGAAGAGGAUAGGACUGAAAAAGUCACACUAGAAACUGAAGUUAAACCAGAAGAACCAGAAACCUUUGUUGAAAAAGCCGAACUUGAGAAACCAGAAACAGAGAAACCAGAAUAUAAAACUGAGAUCAUUACAGAAACAUUGGAGCAACCAAAAGUUACAGAAGUUACUAUAGCUCCAUCAGAUGAAACAAAACCAACAGAAAUUCAGCUUGAAAUAGUGACACCAGCAGCUGAACAGCCACAAGUGUCAAAGAUCGAUAUUGCUGUUGAAGAACAGCAACCACAGGAUGUAUUAGAGGUUUCAGAAACAACAGUUAUGACCACUAAAAUUACUGAGGUUAUUCCUGACAUUGCUGAAUUGGAAAAAGAAAAACCUGAAGAAUUCAAAGUUGAGAUAAUAACAGAAGCCCCAGAGAAACCAGAAGUUGUAGAGGUAACUGAAAUGCCAGCUGAAACUACAACUGUUUCUGAAAUUGAAAUGGAAAUUGGACAGCCUGAAGCAAAACAACCCGAAGAAUACAAAGUUGAGAUCGUAACUGAAACUGAAGAGAAACCAGGUGUAACUGAAGUGACUGAGACAACAUCUGAAACAACUACUGUUACUGAAGUUAAACUUGAUGUUUCCAAACCUCAGGAGAAGAUACCUGAAGAGUACAAGGUCGACAUCGUAACAGAAAUGGUUGAAAAACCACAGGUUACAGACGUCAUUGAAACUCCUGCAGAGACUACAACAGUAUCUGAAGUCCAGAUUGAUGUUACAAAACCUGAAGCAGCGAAGCCUGCUGAGUAUAAGGUUGAAAUCACAACUGGAGUAACAGAGAAACAAGAAAUAACUGAAGUUCCUGAAACUUCAACAGAAGCUACGACAGUUUCUGAAAUAGAAUUAGAAGUUACUAAACCAGAGGAACAAAAACCUAAAGAAUUCAAUGUUGAAAUUGUCACUGAAACAACUGAGAAACCAGAAGUUACAGAAGUAGCUGAGGCUCCAACUGAAACUACAACUGUCACUGAAAUAGAGAUUGAAGUUGCAAUGCCUGAAGAAAAGAAACAAGAAGAAUACAAAGUGGAGAUUGUCACUGAAACAACAGAAAAGCCAGAGGUAACUGAAGUAAGGGAGGUUCCAGCUGAAACCACAACUAAAUCUGAAAUUAUGAUUGAAGUUGCAAAACCUGAAGAGAAGAAACCUGAAGAAUACAAAGUUGAAAUUGUUACUGAAACAACAGAUAAACCAGAGGUAACUGAAGUAAAGGAGACACCAGCUGAAACUACAACUAUAUCUGAAAUGGAGGUUGAAGUUGUGAAACCUGAAGAAAAGAAACCCGAAGAGUACAAAGUUGAUAUUGUGACUGAAACAACAGAAAAGCCAGAGGUAACAGAAGUAAGGGAGACUCCAGCUGAAACCACAACUAUAUCUGAAAUGGAGGUUGAAGUUGUGAAACCUGAGGAGAAGAAACCUGAAGAAUACAAAGUGGAGAUUGCCACUGAAACAACAGAAAAGCCAGAGGUAACUGAAGUAAGGGAGACUGAAGCAGAAACCAUAGCUAUAUCUGAAAUCGAGAUUGAAGUUGCAAAACCUGAAGAGAAGAAACCUGAGGAGUACAAAGUUGAAAUUGUUACCGAAACAACAGAACAGCCAGAGAUUACUGAAGUAGUGGAGACUCCAGCUGAAACAACAAGUGUUUCCGAAACAGAGGUUGACUUUUCAAAGCCUGAAAAAAAGAAACCAGAGGAAUACAAGGUCGAAAUUGUGUCAGAAACAGAAGAGAAACCAGAAUUAACUGAAGUGACAGAAACUCCAGCUGAGACAACAACUGUUACAGAAACUCAAGUGGAUGUAGCUAAACCAGAAGAACAGAAACUAGAUGAGUACAAAGUUGAUAUUGUGACUGAAACAACAGAAAAGCCAGAGGUAACUGAAGUAAGGGAGACUCCAGCUGAAACCACAACUAUAUCUGAAAUGGAGGUUGAAGUUGUGAAACCUGAAGAGAAGAAACCUGAAGAAUACAAAGUGGAGAUUGCCACUGAAACAACAGAAAAGCAAGAGGUAACUGAAGUAAGGGAGACUGAAGCAGAAACAACAGCUAUAUCUGAAAUCGAGAUUGAAGUUGCAAAACCUGAAGAGAAGAAACCUGAGGAGUUCAAAGUUGAAAUUGUUACCGAAACAACAGAAAAGCCAGAGAUUACUGAAGUAGUGGAGACUCCAGCUGAAACAACAAGUGUUUCUGAAACAGAGGUUGACUUUUCAAAGCCUGAAAAAAAGAAACCAGAGGAAUACAAGGUCGAAAUUGUGUCAGAAACAGAAGAGAAACCAGAAAUAACUGAAGUGACAGAAACUCCAGCUGAGACAACAACUGUUACAGAAACUCAAGUGGAUGUAGCUAAACCAGAAGAACAGAAACCAGAAGAGUACAAAGUUGAUAUUAUGACUGAAACAACAGAAAAGCCGGAGGUAGCUGAAGUUAAGGAGACUCAAGCAGAAACCACAACUAUAUCUGAAAUCGAGAUUGAAGUUGCAAAACCUGAAGAGAAGAAACCUGAAGAAUACAAAGUUGAAAUUGUUACUGAAACAACAGAAAAGCCAGAGAUUACUGAAGUAGUAGAGACUCCAGCUGAAACAACAACUGUUUCUGAAACAGAGGUUGACUUUCCAAAGCCUGAAGAAAAGAAACCAGAGGAAUACAAGGUCGAAAUAGUGUCUGAAACAGCAGAGAAACCAGAAAUAACUGAAAUUACAGAAACUCCAGCUGAGACAACAACUGUUACAGAAACUCAAGUGGAUGUUACUACACCAGAAGAGCAGAAACCAGAAGAGUACAAAGUUGAAAUUGUGGCUGAAACUAUAGAAAAGCCAGAAGUUACUGAGGUGACAGAAACUCCAGCAGAUACCACAACUGUCUCAGAAAUACAGGUUCAAGUUUUCAAACCAGAAGAAAAGAAACCAGAAGAAUACAAAGUUGACCUCGUUUCUGAAACUACAGAGAAACCAGAAGUUACCGAGGUCACAGAAGCUCCAAUAGAGACCCCAGCUGUGACAGAAAUUGAAGCUGAUAUUAUCAAACCAGAAGAAAAAAGACCAGAAGAAUACCAAGUGGAAAUUGUCACAGAAAGUACAGAAAAGCCAGAGGUAACUGAAGUAGGAGAGACUCCAACUGAAAUGUCUACUAUUACUGAAACAGAGAUUGAAAUUGGUAAACCAGAAGAACAGAAACCAGAAGAAUACAAAGUUGAAAUUUUGUCUGAAACAGAAGAAAAACCAAAGAUAACUGAAGUAAUAGAAACUCCAGCACAGACUAUGACUGUUUCUGAAAUACAGGUUGAAGUUGUGAAGCCUGAAGAAAAGAAACCUGAAGAAUACAAAGUAGAAAUUGUCACUGAAACAACAGAGAAACCAGAAGUCACUGAAGUUGGGGAAACUCCAGCAGAAACUACAACUGUGUCUGAGAUCCAGAUUGAAGUUGCUAAGCCUGAACAGAAGAAACCAGAAGAAUACAGUGUAGAGAUUGCUACUGAGAGUAUUGAGAAACCAGAACUUACUGAGGUUACAGAAACACCAGUUGACACCACGACAGUUUCUGAAAUUCAGAGUGAUGUUGCUAGACCUGAAGCAAAGAUGCCGGAGGAAUACAAGGUAGAAAUAUUAACUGAAACUACAGAGAAACCCGAAGUAACUGAGGUUUCAGAGACUGCUGCUGAAACAACUGUAGCAUCUGAUAUUCAAAAGGACCUUACACAGCCAGAAGAAGAGAGACCAGAAGAAUAUAAGGUAGAUCUUCUUGAAGAAGGUAUUGAUCAGCCAGAUACAACAGAAGUUAUAGAAGAAAAACCAGAAACUAGUGAAGUCAGUGAAGUGCCAGUGGAGACUGUUACAACAAAACCUGAAACUGUUGAACAGUUUGAAGCUGAAGACAAAGAGAAACCAGUUGAGACAUUUAAAGAAGAGAUUACAGUUCAGAAGGCACCAAAGGAUGAAACUCAACCUGAAACAUACAAGACAGAAAUUGAACUUGCAGAACCAGAACAUGAUGUUGUCACAGUGACAUUUGGCAUGCAUGAAGGAGAAGAUGAAGAAGAAAUUACACAUGAGAUAAUGGAAGAAACUGGUGAAAUUUCUGUCUCUGAACUUCAGCUAGAAAGGCCGGUAUUCAUCACUCCAUUGAAGGAUGAGACGAUCCAGGAAGGUGGUGAUCUUAAAAUGGAAGCUGUUGUUAGGGGUAAUCCAGUACCAACUGUUCAGUGGUUUGCAGAUGACGAAGAGCUGUCACCAACAGAAGAUAUUCAGAUCACCUACAAGGAAGGAAGAUGUAUUCUAUUCAUGAAAGAGGUUUUCAUCGAUGAUGAAGCAGAAUACUGGGUUGAAGCCACAAAUGAGUACGGAACAGCCACAACCUCGGCAUAUGUCACUGUAUUGCCAGGAGAAGUCCUUUCUUCUGAAGAACAAACGGAAGAGGAGACAAUCCCAGAGCAAGAAACUGAGACAGAGGCACCUGUAGAUACCACUGAAGUUAUAUACAGAGAAACCAUUGAGGCAACAGAACAACCAGAAAUUGAAACUGAAGCGCCAGUUGACACAACUGAAACAGUAUACAGAGAAACCAUUGAUAUUAUUCAACCGGACAAAGAGACAGUUAUGGAAGAAGUUGUUAUUGAUGUAAAACCAAAAGAUAAAAAGGAAGAACUUGAGGUUGAGGUUAAACCAAAGGAAGAGGUUCGUGAAGAAAUAAAGUUUGAUAUUAAGCCUGAAAUAACAAUCAAAGAACAUGUAGAGGUUGACAUGAAGCCAGAAACUGAAACCUCAGUGUUAACUAUUGAAACUAAAGAUAAACCAGUUGUUCCAAAAGAAGUUGUUCUUGAAAUAGAAAAGCAACCUAUAGAAAGUACAGAAACUACUUUUACAGAAACAAUCACUGUAGAGAAAGUAGAAUUACCAGAAGAAGAAGAAACAGUGGAAACCACAGUAAAAGGUAAAGUAGAAGUGGAAAUAUCUGUGCCAAAAGAAAUUGCAGAAAUUCAUCGAGAAACAGUCGAGAUAGAAUCAAGACCAGAUACAGAAGUGGUUCCUGAAGAAACUACACAUAAAGAGAUCAUUGAAUUGGCUCCAAAACCAAGACAGAGUAUUGUGGAGAUGGACAUAACAAUGCCAGAAGAUGUUGAAGAAACCUUUAAAGAGACUAUAGAAAUUCAUCCUGAAAUAGAUGAAGUAGAUCACAAAGUUCCAGAGGUGACAGAACACCAUAUUGUUACUGAAAUGAUUCCAGUAGAAGAAGAGAAGAGACCUGUUGAGAUCGAUAUUGAGGUCAGACCAGGUGAUGUUACUGAGAAGACUGUCAAGGAGACCAUUGAAAUUACUUCAACAGAGACAGCUGAAAUUGAAAUUGAAGAGGAAACACCAUCUUUUAAAGAGAUCAUUGAAGUUGAAUCCAAACCAGAAGCUGUUGAAAUAGACAUUGAUGUUACACCAGAUGUGAAAGAGACAACUAUCACUGAGAUAACUAGAGAAACUAUGGAGAUUACAGAGGAAACUCCAACUUUCAAAGAAGAAAUUGAGAUAAGUCAAAAACCAAAGACUGAGUUGCAGGAAAUUGUGUUAGAUAUCACAACACAGCCUCAGGUUGAAGCACCUGUUGAAGAGUCAGUAGUUACAGAGAGAGAAACAAUUGAAGUUACUGAACAAAAAGUGGAAGAAGUGGAAAUUGAAGGACCAAUGGAUGAGGUUAUGAUAACAGAGAGAGAACAAUUGAAAAUCACAGAAAUUCCAACUGAAGAAGAACAGGUAUCAGAAACACCUGCAGUUGUAACUGAAACUGUUGAGGAAAAACCUACUACAAUUCAGAUUGAGACAAAAGUUACCAAAACUGACACUAUCUCCUCUGCUGAAGAAGUUGUUGAAAUUGUUUCUGAAAAAGAAGAAUUUCCUAUUCAGGAAGUUGAAGUAACUAAACCGUCAGAAGAAACUGUAGAAAUUGUGACAGAAACAAUUCAAGUUGUUACUAAAAAGCCAUCGGAGGUUAUUGAAGCUGAUGUUAAAACAGCUGAAAUCACUGGAAAGAUAACAAUGGAGGUUGAGGUUCAAAAGCCAUCAGAAGAAGUUACUGAAGAAACAAAAGAAGAAGUAAAAGUUGCUGUAACGCCUUCUGAAGUUACAGAUAUUCCAGCGGAGGUCCCAUUUUCAGAAUCAGAGGAGAUACCAGUAGCACAAGAGAGUGAAAGACCAACAGAAGAAACAAUAGAGGAAGUAAGAGAGACAGUGCGUGUUGACAAAGAAGUACCAUCCACUGUACCAGUGACUGAAUUUGCAGAGGAGACCAAAAUUGUUGAAUCAUUACCAGAAUACGAAACCGAGACUCCAAAAGAAGUCCAAAUAGAUGUUGAAAAAUCAGACAUUACAUUGGAGACAGAGCAACCAAGUAAAGCAGUUGAAGAUCUUACAGAGUUAGGUGUCUCUGAGGUGGGUUCAGACAUUAUUGAGACUGAAACGGAAGUUCCAAGAGAAGAAACUAUUGAAGAAAUUCGGAAAACAAUAAUUGUUGACUAUGAAAGACCUUCUGAAGUUUCACCAGAGGAAGCUGAAAUUGAGGUUAGUAUUAUUCAGCCAAUUGAAAAAGAUGUCGAGGCUGAAAAACCAUUUGAAGAGACAGUUGAAAUAUCAAGAGACACUGUUUCACUCGAAGAAAAAUACCCUUCUACAGUUGAUGCUAUUGACAAGGAACUAGAAGUAGCUGAAACUGAAAAAUUCACCACUGAAAUUGAGGUUGGUGUUCCAGUGGAAUCCGAAACUGAAAUUCCUCUUAAAACAGUUGAAAUUGAAGUGAAAAUGCCAUCAAAAGCUCCAGAAGAGGAGCAACCAAGUGAAUUUACAGCUGCAGAAGAAUUGGAACAUGAAAUUGAAGUUCCAAAAGAAGAAAUUAUUGAAGAGAUUAGAGAGACAAUUCAAGUUGAAAAGGAGAAACCAGCAGAGGCAGAAGUCGAGGAAAUUGAGAAGCCUGAUGAGAAGGUAAUGACAACUUUAGCUAUAGUCACUGAAGCUCCAACAGAAGAAAUUAUUGAAACACAGAAGGAAACCAUUACAGUUGAGAUACAGAAACCUGCAGAAGUAGUUGCAGAAGUAGUUCCUAUUUCUGAAGAAUCACCGAAGGAAAUAACUGAGAAAGAGAUCGAAAAGUCCUCAGAGGAAACUGUCAUUCUUCUCAAGGAAACAAUUACUGAAGAACAAAAAAUGCCAACAAAGGCAACAGCUGUGGAGGAAGAACAGAUAAGCAAACCUGAAAUUUCUGAAAUAUCAGAAACAGAAGUUGGAGUUCCAGUAGUUGAAACUAUUGUUGAAACUAGAGAAACUAUUGAGAAAUCUCCAAGACAGCCAACUGAAGCUGCAAGUGAAGAUUUAAGCGAACAAUUAAAGAUAGACAUUGUCCAAAUGGAUGAAACUGUAGAAGUUAUGCCGUCAGAGGAGGCAAUACCUGAUACGACAGAAAAGAUUACUACCAUAGUUGAAAUACCUACAAAAUCUAAGGAAGAAUUACCUAAAGAAGUUGAAAUUGAAAUUAAAGGUCUUCCUACAACCAAGACAGAGGAAGUUACUGAAGUUGUUGAAGUUGAAAUAAAAGAAAUUCCAAAGCGAGCCUCUGAAGAAGUUAGUAAAAUUACAGAAGCUGAAUUGGAAACCAAAGAGUCAGAAGUAACAGAAGUAUCUGAACCAUUUACUGAAACUGUACAGGAAGUACCAGUUGAUGAAGUGAAAGAAAAGCCCAUGUCUGAAGAAAGACUUCCAUCAGAAAUUGUAUCUGAUGAAAUUGUUGAAACAGAACGUCCUGUUGAAGAGAUCACACCAGAAGAAUCAAUGUUACCAGUUGAGGAAAAAGCUCCAACUGUAACUGAGAGUGCUACAAUUUCUGUGCAACCCGUUGUAGAAAUAGUAGAAGAAGAAAUGGCUCCUGUUUCAGAUGUAGUCGAAAUUGCUAUGGAACUUGCUGAAAAAGCACCAGAGGAAAUAGUUCUUGACAUAACUCAGCAGGAGGUUGUUAAACCAGAAGAAAGCACUGAAGUCAUUUUGGAUCUGGAAGAAAAAGAAACUGAAGAAACUGAGGAAAUUCCUACCAAAAGCAUUGAUAUGUAUGCCGAAGAGGUCUCAAAAGAUAUCUUGGAGUCUGCUUCUGUUUGUGCCAAACCUGAAACAAAAGUAUCAGAAACACAGGUUGAAAUAAUAGAGGACAUCAUUUCUGAAUUACCAGAAGAGAAAGAAGAAAAGCCAAAAGAAGAAGUUCCUGAAAUGCCCAGUGAAAAAUUAACAGUUGAGCAAGAAUUACCUUCUGAAGUACAGAUCUCAGAUGAAGAAGUAACUGAAAUUCCAAUACCUGACAUUGCUGAAGAAACAAUCCAGCAUAUAGCUGAUGAAAUGACAAAGGAUAUAUUGGAACAAGCAGCAAAAGGAGAACUUAUUCCUGUUAAAACCAAAGAAAUUGAAGAAAGUAAAGUGGAAGAAAAGGAAGACUUUGAUGUUGAAAUUAUAGCCGAAAAACCAGCAGAAGAAACCGUAGAAGUAACUACUGAGACAGUCGAGGUUUCUGAUCUUACAUUGACAAAGGUAAAACCUGAAGAGGCUGCAAGUGAAGAACAAAUUUCUGAACUUCCAGAAGAAGAAAGACAACUUCCUGAAGAGUCACUGCUGACUGAAAUAAAAGAGAGGGUUGAAAUAGAAAUUGUUCCAACUGAAGAAGCACCUAAAACAGAUUUGGAAACCUCAGCUAUGGAAAUUGAUAUUAAAGAGAAGCCAGUAGAGAAGGAGACUGCAUCAGUUGACAUUGAUAUACAGAAGCCUGAAACACUUGAAGAAGUGACACUUGACAUUCAGCUGGAAGAGAAAGAAAAAGAAACUGUUGAAAUUCCAGUGAAAGUUCCAGUGGAAGAAAAGGAAGGUAAAGCAGAAAUUCCAGUCGAAGAAGAAAAGCCAAUUGAAGAAGAGGGACAUGCUGAAGCAGUAGUAGAAUUCGAAAAAGCAGAAGAAAAACCAGUUAUACCUGAAGAAAUCUCAGUAGAUUUAACACCUAAAGUAACAGAAAAAACUUCUGUUGAAAUUCCUGUAGCAGAGAAAUCUCACGCUGUUACAGUGGACUUUGAGCUAAAAGAAAAACCACAAGAAAAGGAAGAAGUAAGUCUUGAAUUAAUGCCAGAACAAAAACCAGAAGAAGUCACACUUGACAUUAAACUGGAAGAGAAAGAAAAAGAAAUCAUUGAAAUUCCAGUGAAAGUACCAGUGGAAGAAAAGGAAUUAGUUGCAGAAAUUCCAGUGGAAGAGGAAAAGCCUUCUGAAGAAAAACAUGUUGAAGCAGUAGUAGAAUUUGAGAAGACUGAAGAGAAACCAGUUGUACCUGAAGAAGUCUCAGUAGAUAUUACACGUAAAGUAACAGAUGAUGUUUCUGUUGAAAUUCCUAUGGAAGAGAAACCACAAGCUGUUACAAUGGACCUUGAACUAAAAGAAAAACCACAAGAAAAGGAGGAAGUUAGUCUUGAAUUAAUACCAGAACAAAAGCCAGAAACAGUUUCUAUGGAGAUUGACAUUAAAGAAAAGCAAAUCACAGAAAUGGAUAUUGAAAUCAAACCUGAGGAAAAACCAGAGACUGUUUCUUUGAAAAUAGAUAAAGAAGAAAAAACUACAACCACUGAAAUAACGGAAAAGAAAACCGUUACAGAAGAAAUUGAUCUUGAGAUUCCAUCAGAUAUGACAGUUAAAGAAACUACUACUGAGAAAGUCUCUGUUGAAAUUGUUGCUGAAGAAAAACCACAGGAAAUUCCAUUGGAUGUGGAAGUAAAGGAGAAAACAGUUGAAAAGGAGGAAAUCAGUCUUGAUAUUGCUCCCUUAACUACUGAAAAGACUGAAAUUGAAAUAAAACUAGAAGAAAAGCCAGAAACAGUGUCUAUGGAGAUUGGUGUUCAGGAGAAAACUACAAGAACAGAGGUUACAGAAAAGAAAACAAUUACAGAAGAAAUUUCUGUUGAAGUUCCUACUGAUGAAACUAUUAGGGAAACCACUGUUACAACAGAAAAAGUUUCUCUUGAAAUUCCACUUGAAGAGAAACCAGCAGAAGAACAGCCAGAGAAAAUUACUGUUACAGUAGAAGAAAAGCCAAAAGUUCCAAUAGAUAUAACAGUGAAAGAAACAACUUCAGAGACAAUUUCUGUUGACAUUCCUUCAGAUGAAGUGAAACCUGAACAGCCUAAAGAAAUAAGUGUGACAGUUUCUGAGAAAACAACUGUAGAAGAAACUGUAACAAAAACUGUAGAAGUUGUGGAAUUUGCCCCUAAAUUCACAAACACUCUCACGGACAUCACAGUGAUGGAAGGUGAAAAGGUGGAAUUUACUGUUGAAUUUAAAGCCCAACCUGCUCCAGAAGUAACCUGGUUCAUUGAUAACCAGCCCUUAAAGGAGAGUGAGGACUUUAUUGUGACUAUUGAGAAAGAAUUUAGUAAGAUUGUCAUUCCAGAAACUUUCCUUGAAGAUGAAGGAGAGUAUAAGGUUGUUGUAACAAAUACUGUUGGAACCAUCACUUCAAUAUGCUACCUCACUGUUAUUGCUUUAGAAGAGACAACUGAUGAGGAAGUCAGUGUGAAAGAAACUACCACUGUCAAAGAGACCUUGGAGAUACCUGUAGAAGAAAAAGAAUUGCCUCAAAAAGAAAUCUCAGAAGAGACCAUCGCCCCUCGUAAACAGGAUGAAGAGACUAGCGAAGGAGAUUUCGCGGCUCCCCGUUUCACAACGACCCUCCAGAAACACAUAGACGUACAAGAAGGUACCAGCGUCACUCUCACUUGUGUGGUAACUGGCAAACCUGCCCCUGAAAUCACAUGGUAUUUGAAUGAUGAGCCAUUACCAGAUGAUGAGCGUUUCAUCACCGAGCACCACAGAGAAACUGUGACCCUCACAAUCAACAACGUUACCAUUGACGACGAGGGAUACUUCGUGUGUGAAGCUAAAAAUGAGCACGGCACUGCCACAACUGUCAUUGAACUUUUCGUACAAAUCCCACAUAUUGCUGAUGAGCGUGGACCUGAAGUAACCAUGGAAACUGUUGAAAUUGUUGUUGAGGAAACACAACCAGAAUCGCAGAAACCAUCGAAGGAGACAAUCACUCCAUUAGUACCCGCAGAGCAAGAGGAAGUUACAGUACAAGAAGCACCAGAAGACACUGUGACCUUGGAGGGUCAAGAUAUUUCACCUGAGAAGGUGACCCCAGAAACAUCUGAGGUCAUCACUAUAGAAACGACAAGGGAGGAACCCGAGAAGGUUGAGAAAGAAGAGAUAACUUUCGAGUUUGUGACACCUGAGAAGACUGAAGUAUCUUCGACGGAAGUCACUGUAGAUGAGACACCUCUUCCAGAUGAGGACAAAGUUGCUCCAAUGGCAACAGCUGCUGAAGUCUCCAUGGCAACGACCGUGGAGAUGGAAGAGGUCAUACCUAAAGAAGUGAGCCCUGAAGAGGGCACUUCAGCAGAAACAGACAUAAAGCUGUUACUGCCUGAGGAGCAACUUCCAGAACAGAGGGAGGCUCCAGAAGAGGAGAAAGUACCAGAGGAAGUCAUCUCAGAAGAGAAGACCCCUGUCGAAAGUCAGGAAGAGGUCAUCCCCGUCCCCACAGGUGAAGCCCCUAGAUUUAUUACAGAGCUAUCUAGAACAGUAGCAAAACACGGGCAACCAACGCAACUUACUUGCGUUGUUGUCGGAAAUCCCACACCCACAAUUCGUUGGAUUAUAGAUGGCGAAUACAUCCCUGAGGAUUCUACAACUUACAUAACUGAGUACCAUAAAGACGGUACCUGCACACUUUCAAUAAAGGAAACAUUCCAAGAAGACGAGGGCGAAUAUACUGUCGAGGCAUCGAAUGAUUUCGGAGUUAUACGUUCUACAGUGGAACUUAUUGUAGAAGUACCAGAGGAAGAAGUGGUACGUGCUGAUGUAAGUCUCACUGAAGAAGUGCCUAGUGAAGAAAUUGUCUCCGAGGUUUCAUUUGAAAUUGAACAGAAACUAACAACAGAAGAGACGUUUGAGAUUUCCAUGGAAACGGAGGAAGUCUUGCUGGAAAAGAAACCAACAGAAGAAGAGGAAGUUUCAGUUGAACUGGUUACAGAGGAGUCUGUUCCUCGGCCUAAAGGUGAAGAUGUAGCAGAGGAAGUUACUAUUGAGGAGGAGUAUCUCUCUGAGAAAGAGAAACAAGUUGAAGAGGAAAAAGAAACAAUCUCUGACGAGGAAACUAAAGUCCCGUUACACACUGUAGAAGAACAGGUAGUGAGGACAGCACCAGAAUUCACAACUCAGCUGGAGGAUAUUGUCACUGCCGAUGGUGGUAAAGCUCAGUUUACGUGCGUCGUCAAGGGUGAACCUCUCCCGACAAUUACAUGGCUUAAGGACAGCACUCAGGUUGAAGAGGGCGAAGAAUUCCAAAUAACCCUUGAGGACGGUGUCAGCAUGUUGACAAUACCUGACGUUUACCCUGAGGAUGCUGGGAAAUACACAGUGGUCGCAAAGAAUGAACUUGGCACAGCCAUGUCCACAGCUGAACUCUUUGUUGAAGUUGCUGAGGAAGAGGUCAUUCAACCGACUUUCCAGCAGAAGCCCAAGUUCCAGAAUGUCGACGAGGGUAAACCUGUAGCCUUCACUGCACGUGUCAUAGCUAUACCCAAACCUGAUAUAUACUGGAGUCAUAAUGGUGUACAGUUGGAAGAGGAUGAACUUCAUACAGUGGAGAUGAUUGAAGACGGUAACGUUUUCACGACAACGCUGUCUAUGGAUUCUGUGACACCACAGGAAGCUGGAACCUACAAGUGUGUAGCAAUCAACGAGGUGGGCGAGGAAACAGUCUCCGCCUCACUCAUUGUUAAAGAAGCACCUAUCCAGAAAGACCUCCGAGAACAACUGAAGACCAAAGUAAAAACUAAGGUUGGAUUUAAGAAGGUUGUAGAGCAGAAGGAUUUCAGAAGCAAUCUACAUACUGCAGUUCAAACUAAGGAGGGUGUGAAAACAGAAGCGGAACAAGUUGACUUUAGGGAAAAUCUCAAAACCAAAGUUCAAACUAAGGUUGGAGUAAAAUUUGAAGCUGAACAAAGGGAUUAUAGGGAGAAACUUGUCACGAAAGUUGAAACUAAAGUUGGAGAAAAAUUUGGUGCUGAACAAAAGGAUUAUCGGGACAGUUUAAAAACUAAAGUUGAAACAAAAGUUGGACAGCAAUUCAAAGCAGAACAAGUCGAUUACAGAGAUGCUCUGCAAGCAAAAGUAGACACUAAAGUCGGCGAAAAGUUCGAGGUUUUACAAGUAGAUUAUACCGAUGCUCUUAAGAGAAAAGUUGACACAAAAGUUGGUGAACAGUUUGAAACAAUUCAAGUAGAUUAUAGAGAAGCACUUCAAACUAGUGUAAAAACAAGGGAUGUUGAAUAUUAUGAGGCAGAACAAAAGGACUAUAGGGAAGUUUUACAGAAUAAAGUAGAAACAAAAGUUGGUGAAACAUUUGAUAUGGAACAAGUUGAUUACAGGGAUGCCUUGAGCAAAAAAGUGGAAACUAAAGUGGAAGAACAAUUUGAUACGGAACAAGUUGAUUAUACUGGAGUCCUUAAAUCUAAUAUUACUUUUGCGGAAGAGGUCACGACCUUGGAAGUAGCUGAGGAAACAAAAGAAGUUGUGUCAGAGGUUGAAACCACGGCAACCAUUGAACAAGAAGAACUAGUUGCUCCCAAGUUUGUUAUCACUCUGGAAGAUGUUCAGGUCAAAGAAGGCAAGCCUGCUAAAUUUGUUGCUAAGGCAACAGGGGAGCCAGCACCAAAAAUUACUUGGUAUCAUGACAACGAACCAAUCGAAGAUGGAGAAAUUUACAAAAUCAGAUACCCAUCUGAAGGUGAGAGUACCCUGAUGUUGGCUGAAGCCUUCCCAGAAGAUACUGGAGUCUACACUGUCAAGGCCACUAGUGAGGCUGGAGAGGUUGAAUGCAGUUGCACCUUGGAAGUUGCUGAUCUUAUUGAUGAACCAGAACAACUAGAUUUUAGAUUGGCUUUGAAGAAACCUGUGCAAACGAAAGUUGGUCAAAAGUUUGACAUGGAGCAACUUGACUUUAGAUCUUUACUAAAAUCCUCAGCUCAGAAAUCAAAGAAAUUCGAGACUGAUGUAAAGGAAUCUGUUACCUUGACAACAGAAACACCAGAAACACAGGAAGUGGAGGCAACUGUUGUCAUUCCAGAGGCUGAGACAGCAGAGUUACAUGCCCCUGAAUUUGUAAUCAGCAUCGGUGACCUCACUGUCAAUGAAGGAGAGGGCGCCACAUUGACUUGCAAGGUCAAAGGUCAGCCAGUCCCAGAGGUCACAUGGUAUCAUGCAGACCAGCCAAUCAAAUCAGAUGAUGUAUACAGAGUUAUACCUGGAGAGGAGGAAGGGGAGAGCACUCUAGAGAUCCCAGAAAGUUUCCCAGAAGACAGCGGUAUUUACACUGUCAGAGCAACAAAUGAGGCCGGCUCUGUGGAAGCAACUGCCUUGCUGACCAUAACUGAACUGGUUGAAGCAGAAGAGGAAACUGUCCCAGAGGUCACUGCUGAGGUCAUCACCAAGGAGACAGAUGUCACUGUAGAAGCUCCACAGGAAGUUGCUGACUUUACUGUUGAAGUUUCUGAAACUGAGGCUGAAUUUGUUCAGCAGAAAGGGGAGGACACUGAGGCUGAAAUCCAGUCACCGCAUGCUAUGCCGCUUCCAAACUUAGAUAGUGACAGAAUUUUCACUUGGAAAAUGACCAAUUUUGAUGGUGAGCAUGAAAAAGGUCCUGCUAUAUUUAAGGAGGAAAUAGUUGUUGAAGACCAUAUUUUACUCCCUACUGAAGAGGAUACACAGGAAGUUGAGGUUACCUCCAAACCUAGAGAGCUUACAAGGCAGGGAACUGGAAGUAGUGAAGAGUACAUCCCAGAAAUAACUGGAGUUGAAUUUGAUGCAUUUUUAAUCCAAAAGCAAGCAGAACCUCAGUUUACAACAGAUUUUGAGACUAAAACUCACCCAGAAGACAAACAUCCAAAAUUCACAGCCGAUGUUGAAAUCGAUGAACAAGUUCUAAGAGAAAAGUCAGUUAAACCUGAAAUUGACUUUAAAGAGGAAUAUCAGUUCAAAACACCAAAAGAAGGUUACAUAAGUGACAGACAUUUUGGGGUUGAUAUGUCAGUAAGGACUGAAGAUGAAGUUUCAGAGUUGCCAGAUUCAGAAAUAGCUUCUUUGAUGUCUGAUAGAAAAGCAGAACUUGAGAGAAGGGACUCUGAUGUUUCACUUUCUGACAGAGAAUAUUCGGAUAAAGAUGACGAGAAUGUAGUCAUCUCAGACAGUGAUGCUGAGACAGAGUCACCAUUCACUACUAAACAAGUUAUCAAACUGGAUGAUGAAAAGGUUAAAAGUCCAAAAGAGAAAUCUGAAAGUUCUGAAGAAUCAUCUGAAGAAAAAUCUACUUCUUCUUCUACUGAAAGUAGUGGUAAAAUUUCUAAAGAGCCAGAAAAAGCAUUAGAUGUUAAAGUAACAGAACAGGUAGACUUAGAUGAAUCUUAUGAUGGAUCUGAAUCUCUGGGAGCUAUUCCAGCUAGAGUUUUUGGUGAUCAGUAUAUGCAAGAAAUUAAUAGAUUAAGAGAUGGACCAUUUUAUCAAGAACCAGAACAUUAUCAUACAACUGAAGACACUGAGAAGAUUGAUGUAAGUGCUACGGAUAUUGGUGCUAUUGAAACAGUUAAACCAGCAAUUUAUGAAAAGCCUGAAAGACAUAUUGUUGCAUCUGAAGAUGAAAGCAGUGAGAGUAGUGAUAGUGACGAAUCAGAUACACCAGAGAAAAAGAAAAAGUAUAUUCUAGACACAGAUGAACCUGGAAGUAAGGACAAACUUGGAGCAGUGCCAGAAAUUUAUAUGGCUGGUGAAAGUGAAGAAAGACCAACUGAUGGGGAAUAUCCAUAUGGAAAAGGUUUACCAGUACCAAGGUUGAGAUUAAAAAGAGAAUCUUCUGAUUCUGAGUCUGAUGUUCCUGGAGAAACAGACGAGUCUGUGCUUGAUGUUACAACUGAUCUGGAAACUACUGUAGAUUUAGACACCACACCGCAUAAAGGUGAAAGUCCUGAUGCUGUUGUACAUGUCUCAGAUAGAGACACACCAGGCAAGACAACUGAUGAGGAUUCUUCUACUAUCAAAGAAGAAUUUAUAACUCUGGUUGAUAGUUUGGAAAUGAGGCCAGAACAUGUAAUGGAGGUUAGAGAAUAUGUGUCAUCAGAAGAGGAUGAAGGACAGAAACCACAACCACAAGUGAGAGUUGAAGAGGAUAGGAGUGAAACCCCAGAAAUUCAUACAGGUUUUGCUGAAGAGUUAGAACUGUCCAGAAUAACUGAAGAUGAAGAACCACAGAGUGAUGAAACAUCAGAAUCUGAGUCAACAACAAGUGCUGAGAGUGUAAGACAAGUAGAUAUUCCAUUAAGGGAUGAAGUACUCCAAACUGUUCCUGAAGAAUCUGAGUCUGCUGAUGUUUCCAUGGAGAUUCCACAUGAAGGCGAGAUAAGCGAUACCUCAUUUGAUGUGGAAGAGAGUUUUAAUGUGGAAGGUCCAAUUGCGAGGUCCACAUUGGUUAGAGAAGAACACACACCACAGGAGAUCACCUUGGAGGAAGAGCCCAUUAAAACUGUUGAAGAAAUCAGUGUUGAACUUGAAGUACCAAGAUUCCUUCAAGAACUUUCUGACCAGGAAGUUACCGAGGGUGACACAGUGACCUUUAUUGUGAAGGUCGAAGGCAAACCAUUCCCAGAACUUACUUGGUAUCGUGAUGGUGUAGAAAUCCAGCCAGAUGAUCGCCAUGUUAUUGACAUUCGUGGAAACUUUGCUACUUUGAUAAUGAAGGACAUUCAACCAGAAGAUGACGCUGAAUAUUCCGUAAUGGCAACAAACAAAGCGGGAUCUGUUACAUCAAAAUGUGAACUCUUUGUUAACCCAUUAGGAGAAGCCCCAUCCUUCGUGUCAAGUAUCUCAGAUAUCGAAGUGGAACUUGACUCGCCAAUCAAACUCCAGUGCCAAGUACGUGGUACUCCCAAGAAAAUUACAUGGAUGAAAGACGGGGAAGAAAUCGACGGAGACAGAUUCAAGAUAGAUUCAGAGUGGACAAGUUACGAGGAGGAGAUUGUCAGUCUAACUAUUGAGAACUCGGUACCAGAAGAUGAGGGUGAAUACACUAUCAAGGCCGUCAACGAGAAAGGUGUAGCCACUAGUAGUGCAGAGGUUCUCGUUCACCUCGAGGCUCCUGUAUUUACCAAACAACUCACUGACGUAGUUGUUGAACUCUCGCAAACUGCAGUAUUUGAAUGUGUCAUAACUGGAAUACCAAAACCCAAAGUAUCAUGGCUUGUUGAAGACACUCCCAUAGAGGAGGGUCCUAAAUAUAGCACAAGUUACCAUGACAAUGUUGCGACCUUGGAGGUCAAGGACGUUUCUAUGGAUGAUUCACCAAUAUUUGUGACUUGUAAAGCAGAAAAUGUUGCCGGAGAGGCUCGUACCUCUGCAGAGCUGGCUGUUGAAGUUCCAAAACCAGAAAGCCCAGUGCCUGAAGAAACUGAAGAGGUGAAGAAAGAGGAAACUGCAGCUGUUAUCAAACCAGAAGGCAAGAAACCAGAGUUUGUCCUUAAGAUAAAAACACAAACGCUUGACGAGGGUGACCAGGUUGACUUCAACUGUGAGGUUGUUGGAGAGCCCAAACCAGACAUAAAAUGGCUGUACAAUGGUCAGGAACUGAAAUCAGAAGGCCGGUACAUGAUCUUCGAGGAGGAAUGUCUUCACCACCUGGAGAUUACUGAUAUUUUACCAGAAGAUGCGGGAGAGUAUAUUGUGGAGGUAGAAAAUACCCUCGGCAAGGCAACAUGCACAGCUCAACUACAAGUUAUCGAAAAACCCAAAGAAGAAGUACAAAAACUUGAAGCACCAAAAUUCACAAUUGAGAUUCAAACAGUAGAAACCACAGUUGGCGAGAAGGCCUUAUUCUUCUGCAAAGCCAAGGGCAACCCCAAACCAGACAUCCUCUGGUACAAGGAAGACAAAGAAAUCACCAAAGAGGACAAUAGAUUCACUAUUGAAUAUGGUGAUGAGGGGGAUUCCUCGUUACUAAUUAUAGAUGUUCUCCCAGAGCAUGAUGGGAAGUACAUGGCUGAGGCUAAAAAUGAGGUUGGAGCUGCCACAACAAAAGCUGAACUCUUUGUCCAUGACAAAGAAGAGACCUACGCACCAGAAUUCAUCAAAUCACCAACAGAAGUUUUAACCAGGGAACAUGACCGAGCCCAGUUUCUGGUCAAGGUCAUAGGCAUGCCUAGUCCUACAGUUAUCUGGAAGAAGGAUGACAAGCCCCUGGAUGACACAGAUCUAUACCACAUUGAGAGUUAUGAGGAUACAUACUGUUUUGAGAUCAAGGACACUGGCCCAGAGGAUGCUGGAACAUACACCUGUGUUGCCACCAACGAGGUCGGCGAGGCCAUAUGUGAAAUUCCUCUGGAGGUCAAAGGAGAAAAUGAGCUCAUUGUUGAACCUGAGGAGGUCACUCGUGAGGAAAGAAUUACCGAGUCACCUCUUGUCCUCAGAUCUCAGGAACUCUCACAACCACCAGAAUUUACUGAAACACUCACUGAUAUUACUGCUAUGGAAGAAAAACCAAUGACCUUGACCUGUAAGGUUGUCGGCUUGCCAAGACCUGAAGUUGCUUGGCUCAAGGAUGGUAAGGAUCUGAUAGUGACCCCCAACAUCAAGCAGUCGUAUGACGAGGACACAGCCGUCCUCACCAUCAACAAAAUGUCCAUGGAUCUAGAUGGCGAGUACAAAUGUAUCGCAGAAAAUUCCGCUGGUACAUCAGAGACCACUGCUAAAGUUGUUGUGGAAGGUAAAAUGGAGGCUCCAGAAUUCACAAGACCUCUUGCUGACAGAGAAUGCCGUGAAGGAAGACCUGUCAAGUUCGAAUGUGCCACCAAAGGCAUUCCUAAACCUGAAGUUAAAUGGUUCAUCAAUGAUCAGCCUAUUGAGCCAGGCCUGAAGUUCCACACAGAACAACGUAAAGGAUUUGCUGGAGACGUUACACACAGUCUCAGCAUUGACAACACAGAGGUCGACUAUGCCGGCAAGGUCAAGGCUGUUGCUACAAACAAAGCUGGUGAUGUCGAAACCAUGGCAACACUCACUGUAGAAGAGAAGAAAGAAACACCCAAAUUUGUACGUAAACUUGAGAACAUUGACACCAUUGAAAAACAGACUAUAACCUUCGAGACAGAGGUCACAGGAAAACCCAAACCUCACGUCACAUGGUCGAGAGGCAAUGUUGAGCUGCAGAACACGGAGGAUAUUGUUAUUGAGGCAACAGACCGUGUCCACACAUUGACCUUGAAGAAUGUCAAACCCUCUGAUGCUGCCCUCUACAGUGUCAAGGCCCACAACCCAGCUGGUCAAACAUCCUGCAGUGCUCGUCUCAAAGUUGCACCGGCAAGACGUCCAAGCUUCUUGCGUCGUAUGUCAGACAUCCUUGCCCCAGAGAGUGGUGAAGCCAAAUUUGACUGUAAGGUUGAGGGAUUCCCAUUACCAGAGGUCAAAUGGUUCCUAAAUGACAAGGAGCUGGAACCAAGUGACACAAUAGUGAUGGAGCAGAAGAAGGACGGAACAUGUGUACUCACCAUAAAGGACGCAAGCCCCGACAUGCAGGGUGAGAUUCGAGCUGUAGCUGCCAAUGCUGGUGGAGAGGAUCUGUGCGCAGCCUCCCUUGAGGUCAGAGGUCAAGCUCCCACAUUUGAGGAAACUCCAAUUAAGUGUACUAUCCUUGAAGGAGACACAGCCAUUUUCAAAAGCCUUAUCAAGGGUGAACCAUCUCCUACUAUUGAGUGGUCCAAGGGCAAAUGGUCCAAACUGAAACCUUCCGAUAAAUACAAUAUCUACAAAGACGAGAAGACAGGUGAAGAUGUUUUCGAAAUCAAAGACAUCAAGAAGAAGGAUGCUGGUACAUACAACGUUAGUGCUACCAAUGAGCACGGCACUACACAAGUGGCGGCUACGCUGAUUGUUACCUCCAGUCCUGAAGAGGCAGAAGAUUGGAAGGCUGCUCUCAAACACAGGGAGUAUGACAGAGAAAGUGCUGAGAUUGAGGCAGACUGGUUACCUAGUCUGAAACAUGUAGAAGGAGAAGAAACCUCUCCAGAAAAAGAAAAAGAAAAACAACUUAUCAAAGAAAAAGAGGAACCAGUCGCUUACCAGAUUCUUCAGAAGCGUAGAAUGUCUGAGCUUGAAGGUAAACGUGAGCCUGUCACUAUUGAACCAAUCGAGCGUGAGAAGACUGACCUAGAUAUGGCUGCCCCAACCAAACUGGAGAAGGAAGCAGCUCCGACAGAGGAAAUAGAGAAGAAACCAUACCAACGUGAACCUAAAGAACUCACUGUUGAUAAGGUUGAUGCUGAAGAACUACUUAUUCCAAAAGUCAAGUGGGAAUGGACUACACCACUCAAAGAUGUCAAGGUCAAAGAGACAGAAUCUGCUGACUUUGAGUGCGAGUUCUCUAUAGCAGACGUCAACGUUACCUGGACUGUGAAAGGGGAACCAGUCGAGGCUAGUCCCAAAUACAGUAUGACCUCAGAGGGCAAGAAACACCAGCUCACGGUAGCUAAAUGUCGUCCUCGUGAUGAAGGCGAGAUCACAUGCUCAUAUUCUGACUUCACAACCACUGCUAAUCUUAAUGUGGAAGCAAUGUUCAAGGAGUUCACCAUGCAGCUUGGUGAUACCACAGCUGUCGAAAACACUGAAGCCACGUUCACAUGUGAAACUAACGAUGAUGAAACUGAGGUCACCUGGAUGCUUGAUAACAAGCCGCUCCCUGACUCAGACAAAUACAAGACACGUAGUGAAGGAACUACGCACACUCUCACAAUCUCUGACUUAACACCUAAUGAUAACUGCGAUGUCUCGGCAACAUUUGGAGACCAAUCAACAUCAGCUAAACUUGUUGUUGAAGAAGUAUCGGCCAAUUUCUCGGUACCUCUGUCAGAUGUUUCUGUCCUGGAGAAAUCUUCUGCAGAAUUUUCAUUCGAAUUGUCACUUCCUGUCGACAAAGUCCGCUGGUUUUUGGACGAUGUUGAACUUAGACCAAAUAAUAAAGUGGAGUUUAUGGAUGACGGCAAAGUGCACAAACUGAUCUUUAAAGACGUUGACGUGACUGACGAAGGUCAAGUUAGCGUUCUUGUUGGAGACAAAAAAUCUACAGCAAAUCUAUUUGUUCAGGAAUUAUCACCAGACUUUAUAAAACCACUUUCAAAUGUCACAGUUAAAGAACAUGAAAAUGUUGAAUUUGUUACGGAAGUGAACAAGGAAGGAGUUACCGUGAAAUGGUUUGUCGAUAACAAAGAGAUAGAAGAGGAUGAAAGAUUUGAGAUUUACUCAGAGGGUCGCACACAUAGUCUGAUCAUUAAGAAUGCUGUAAUGCCGGACUCUGGUGAGAUAAUGGCCAGAGUAGAGGGCAAGACACAGAAGGCUAUCCUCGAAGUACAAGAAAUCCCAGUUGACAUUGUUGCCGAGCUUACUGAACAGCACGUGGAGGAACACAAGGUCUCAUAUUUCACGUGCGAAGUCAACAAACCUGAUGUUACUGUCACCUGGCUGAAAAAUGGAAAAGAAAUAGUUCCAAGCAAGAAACAUGAAUUACUGGAUGAUGGUACUACACACACUCUUGCUAUCAUAGAUACCGACCAGUCUGACGUAGGCGAAUAUUCCGUCGUUGUAGGUGCUAAACAGAGCUCAGCACAGUUACACCUGGAUGGACAUAUAAUGAGUAUGGUACCAGUCCAGAUACUGUCAGCACUACACCAGUCAGAAAUGCAUCAGAACCAGUCUGUUAUAUUCACAUGUCACUUGUCCCACGUAAACGUGCCGGUCACAUGGUACCGAGACGGGGUAGAAAUAAGUGAUAACACAAAAUAUACAAUAAAAGUACUGGGAACUUUGCAUAAACUGUGUAUCCAUGACUUAGAUUUGUGUGACGAGGCUGUCUACACUAUAAAAGUAGACAGUACAGAAAAAUCUUCCUCCGCAAUGCUAUUUUUAGAAGAAAGCCCUAUAAAUGUCUCUCUGACACUUAAACGUCACCACGAAGAACAUUCACGCUAUACUGAGCAGCUUGCAACUUUCACGUGCAUGACCUCAAAAAUGGCUGUUGAGGUCACAUGGUCUAAAGACAAAGAUGUUGUAGAGCCGAGUAGUAAGUACGAGAUCCACCAGAUUGGACAUGAACAUACACUUACUGUGCAUGACCUAUGCAUGUCUGACUUUGGCGACUAUGCCGUUUCCAUUCGAGGUUUAAGAAAACAUCCACAUAGUCAUGGAAUGAUAGAGCCCCCAACCCAGUUCAUUAUUCCCCUCAAUGAAGUCACAUGCCAGGAAGGUGAAGAUGUGACCUUCACAUGCGAGAUUACAGAUGACAAGAUCCCUGCACGUUGGUACAAGGAUGACGAGAAACUGCAGCCGUCAGACAAGCAUGUGAUGAAGAAAGAUGGCCGCAAACACUCCCUGACGAUUAAAAAUGCAACGUUAGAGGAUAGGGCCGAGUAUACCAUCGAACUUAAGGACAGGAAAAGCUCUGCUCCUCUAUUUGUGGAAGAAACUCCUCUGGAGUUCACAAUGCCAUUACAAGAACAGAUGGAAUGUGUUGAAGGAGAUACUGUCACUCUCGUCUGUGAGGUCAACAAACCCAACAAGCCGGCAAUGUGGUUACGUGACGGAGAACAGAUUACUGCUGCUGACGGAGUGGAGAUCACUGUGGAUGGUAACAUACACAAACUGUUGAUACGCAGAGCAUCUCUCGAUAGCGAGGCAGAAUACACAUGUAUGAUCAACAAUAUUGACACCACAACUAUGCUCUAUGUUGAAGAACCAGCUGCCGAGUUCACCCACAAACUUAGAGAUGUCUCCGGCCAGGAGGGUGACGACAUUGAGAUGUAUGUCGAGUUGAGCCGACCAGAUGUACCGGUCAACUGGAUGAAGAACCGUAUGCCACUAAAACCAAGUGAGAGAAUCCACAUUUUGUGUGAACGUUAUCGCCAGGUUCUUCAGAUCUUGGAUGCAAUUCCGGAAGAUGAGGGUGAAUAUACGGUCUGCCUACCAGACAAGUCGGAAUCCUCAGCAGUCGUCAAAAUCAAAGAAAAAGCUCCAGAAUUCAGUAAACCACUUGAUGACCAGACAGUCAAGGAAAAAGAGACUUUGACCUUGACCUGUGAACUCAACAAACCAGAUGUCCCAGUCAAAUGGUUGAAAAAUGGAAAAGAAAUCAAACCCGACAACAGAAUUAAUUUCUCUGUUGACCAAUACCAACACCAGCUGGUCAUAGCUGAUGUCACAUUGAGUGAUGCUGACAAAUACACUUGUGUUUGUGGGGAUGUUAGCACAGAAUGUACCAUUAAGGUUGAAGAACUCCCAGUAGAAUUCGCAAAACCACUUGAUGAUCAAACAGUCAAGGAAAAAGAGACUCUGACCUUCACCUGCGAACUGAACAAACCAGACAAGUCAGUGAAGUGGCUGAAGAAUGGAAAAGAAAUAAAACCAGACAAACGUAUUAAAUUCUCUGUUGACCAAUACCAACGUCAGCUCAUCAUAGCAGACGUCACUUUGAGUGAUGCAGACAAAUACAAAUGUGUUUGUGGGGAUGUCAGCACAGAAUGUACCAUUAAGGUUGAAGAACUCCCAGUAGAAUUCACUAAACCACUUGAUGAUCAAACAGUCAAGGAAAAAGAGACUUUGACCUUGACCUGCGAGCUGAACAAACCAGACAAAUCAGUGAAGUGGCUGAAGAAUGGAAAAGAAUUAAAACCAGACAAACGUAUUAAAUUCUCUGUUGACCAAUACCAACGUCAGGUCAUCAUAGCAGACGUCACUUUGAAAGAUGCAGACAAAUACACUUGUGUUUGUGGGGAUGUCAGCACAGAAUGUACCAUUAAGGUUGAAGAACUUCCUGUGGAGUUCACCAGACCUCUCACAGACCUUCAGUUCAAAGAGAAAAAGAAGCUGACCUUGACCUGCGAACUUAACAGACCAGAUAAAUCUGUCAAAUGGUUGAAGAAUGGCGAAGAAAUCAAACCAGACAAACGCACCAAGGUCUCAGUUGAUCAAAACCAACAUCAGCUUGUUAUAGCUGACAUCACUCCUGAAGACGAAGGCAAAUACACUUGUGUUUGCGGGGAUGUCAGCACAGAAAGUACCAUCAAGGUUGAAGAACUGCCUGCAGAAUUCACUAAACCACUCAAGGAUAAAAAAGUCAAAGAGAAGGAGGCAUUGACCUUGACCUGUGAACUCAACAAACCUGACAAACCAGUCAAAUGGCUGAAGAACGGUAAAGAAAUUGUGCCAGAUGACAGAAUUAAUUUCUCUGUUGACCAAUACCAGCACCAGCUGGUUGUAGCAGAUGUCACUUUGAGUGAUGCAGACAAAUACACUUGUGUUUGCGGGGAUGUCAGCACAGAAUGUACCAUUAAGGUUGAAGAAUUGCCAGUUGAAUUUACCAAGCCUCUCACUGACCAGACUGUGAAGGAGAAGGAGACUUUGACCUUGACCUGCGAAGUGAACAAGCCAAACGCCACUGUCAAAUGGUUGAAGAAUGGCAAAGAUAUUAAACCGAAUGACAGAAUUAACUUCUCUGUUGACAUGUAUCAGCACCAGCUGGUGUUAACUGACGUCACUUUAGAGGAUGCAGCCAAAUACAGAUGUGUUUGUAAGGAUGUCAGUACAACUUGCACCAUCAAAGUGGAAGAAUUACCAACAGAAUUUACUAAACAACUUGAGGACACUAAGACACAUGUGAAGGAAACAGUCACCCUCACAUGUGAGCUUAACAAACCUAAGAAAUCUGUCAAAUGGAUGAAAGACGGCAAACCACUGCGGCAGACGAGAAACAUCAAAUUUUCAGUAGAUGCCUAUACUCACCAGCUGGUGUUUACAGACAUCACGUUACAGGAGACUGGAACAUACACAUGUAUGUGUGGCGAUGUCUCAACAUCCUGUACUCUGACUGUUGCAGAAGAACCAGUGAAGAUUACCAAGCCUCUGUCUGAUGCUGAAGUUGAUGAGAAAGGGGAGGUAACUCUUACAUGUGAAAUCAACAAACUUGGCAAGAAACCUGUCUGGUUCCUUGACGAUGAGGAAAUCAAGCCGAAUGACAGGGUCAAGGUCACUUCAAGAGGACUGGUUCACAAGCUUACAAUCCAGACUACAAAACUUCACGAUGAAGGAAAAUACACAGUGGCAUUUGAUGAUGUGAAAUCAACAGCUAACUUAACAGUCAAACCACUACCAGUAGAGUUUGUUGCUCCAUUACGCGAUGUUGAAGCUGCCCAGAAGUCAUCGGCAGCUCUUGAAUGUGAAGUUAACAAACCGGAUGCUGAAGCCAAGUGGACUAAAGAUAACCAGCCAAUCAGCAUCUCCGAUGGUUAUGACAUCAGACAUGAUAAGACACGUCACUCACUCCACAUUGAUGAAGUUAAACCCGAAGAUAGCGCAGAAUACACAAUCACUGUUGACGAUAAAUCAAGCACAGCCCAACUCAAGGUCAAAGAUGAGGAAGUGAAGUUUACUGUACCACUUGAGGACAAAAAGAUUCAGGAAGGAGAGGACGUCACACUUGAGUGUACUGUGUCCCAACCUGACCUCACUGCAGAGUGGAGAAAAGACGGCUCCCCGGUUGAAGCCACAGAGAGAAUCAAACCCAAGUCGGUUGACACAACCCACACUCUGCACAUUGAGAAUGUCAGUUCUGAAGAUUCUGGUGAAUAUGAAGUCCAAGUUGGUGACACCACCUCUAAAUCUUCUAUACAAGUAGAAGAAACACCUCUUGAGUACAUUCGCAAACUGUCCGAUAUUGAUGUGGGUGAACUGCCAGGUACUGCCACAUUUGAGUGUGAACUCAACAAAGACAAUGUACCAGUCAAAUGGUACCGUGACAACAAAGCCCUGGUACCCAACAAGAAAUACAAGAUGAUUGAUGAUGGGCCGGUCCAUAAGUUACAGGUCAAUGACAUUGAUGGCGAAGACGAAGGCAAAUACUGGGUCAUCGCUAAUGGACUCAAAUCAGAGGCCUCACUGUUUGUUGAAGUACCCCCUGAACUAUUUUUGGACAAGAAAUUUGAGGAGACAGUUACACUCAAACGUGGCCAGUCCACUGCCUUUGAGAUACCGUUCAAGGGCAGUCCGCAACCUACUGUCACCUGGUUGUAUAAUGGUGGAGAACUUCCAGACAAAAAGAGAAUGGAGGUACAGACAAUCCGAAACAUGACCACUUGUCGACUGGGUAAAGUUAUCCGGACUGAUGCGGGCGAGUACACACUCACACUCGAGAAUACAGUUGGAAAAACUUCCCUGACAAUUACACUCAAUGUACUCGAUAAACCAUCUGCACCACAAGAUGUUUCUGCUAACAAUGUCACAGCAGAGUCAUGUGACUUACACUGGCAGCCGCCCAAAGACAAUGGUGGCAGUGAAAUCAAGCAGUACGUUAUUGAGAAACGUGAAGCAAACCGACGAUCCUGGAACAAAGUGGGCACAAGUGCUACACUGGAAAUGACAAUACCAAAACUGACCAAGAACAUACAGUAUGUUUUCCGAGUGGCCGCUGAAAAUGAGGUCGGCAUCGGAGAAUUUGCUGAAUUACCAGAACCUGUGACUGCAAAGGACAGCUUUGUUGUACCGGAUGCACCAGAAGCACCAACUGUGAGUGAGAUAUUGAAGGAUUCUGCUCUUGUUGCUUGGCAACCACCAAAGAAUGAUGGCGGCUCUCCUGUGAUUGGCUAUCAUCUUGAGAGAAAGACUGAUGUUGCAUCUCGCUGGAUCAGAGUCACUAAGAAGCUUGAACCAGAGACAAGCAUGCGUGCAAAUGACUUGGAAGAAAGCCUGACAUAUCAGUUCAGAGUUAUUGCUGAAAAUAAGGCAGGCCCAAGCAAACCAAGCGAGCCCUCACAACCAUUCAAGGCAAAGGACCCAUGGGGUAAAUACAAACCAUCACGACCAGGUGCCCCAGAAAUCAUGGGAACAGAUAAAUCAUCAGUUGCUCUCAAAUGGUCACCGCCCUCAACAGACGGUGGUGAUUCUGUUGAUUACGUCAUAGAGUAUCGCCGUCAAGGUUCAUCAACUUGGAAACGUGCCAACAGUGUACCAGUACAAGAAACCAACUUCAGCGUAACAGGUCUGAAAGAAGGUGACGAAUAUGAGUUCCGAAUCACAGCACAGAACAAAGCAGGACUCGGACCAUCCUCCGAGAUUUCUGAAGCAGUGAAAGUGGAAGCUCCUCUGGUUGGAGUACCUCCCAAGAUUUUGGAACCAUUAAGUGACGUUGUAGUUGUUGCACCAAAAGACGCCAUCUUGGAAUGUGACCUUGACCUUGGUGAACCAGAAUCGGAUAUCAAAUGGUUCAAGGGCAACAAAGAGGUCAAGAAGAGUCCGAAAUACGAGAUGAGUUAUGAGGACGAAGUUGCUGCCCUUGUCAUUCACAAAACUGAACCUGAUGACACAGGAACCUACAGUCUCCAGGCAACCAACCCACUGGGCAAGGUCAAAUCAGAGGGCAGUCUAGCUGUACACACACAUCCCAAACUUGACUAUGACAACCGUCUUAAAGGUGUUCAGAACAUUAAAGCUGGUACCACUAUAUCACUGCCAGUCAACACAAGUGGAAUCCCCAACCCUGAGAUUGCAUGGUUCUUGGAUGAGGAACCGAUUGAGAAGUCAGCUAGGGUUACCAUAGAAAUCACAGAUGAUAAGACGACCUUGACAAUCAAGAACACGACCUUGGAUGAUACUGGACUUUACACAGUUGAAGCUGAGAACAGUGUCGGAAAGGCUAUGGCUGACUUUGAAGUCAAUGUUAGAGACAAACCAUCCAAGCCACAAAAUCUGGCAGUGUCUGAGGUGAUGAAGGACUCCAUUGCAUUGGCAUGGCAACCACCAACCAGCAAUGGCGGUUGUGACAUCACUGCUUACAUCAUUGAAAAAAGAGAUGCCAAGAGGAAUACAUAUACACAAGUUGAGAAGGUCACUGGAUUGACCAAUACCUAUGCAGUACAGAAACUUUUAGAGGGAAAUGAGUACUACUUCCGAGUAUCUGCUGAGAAUGAGAUUGGCAAGGGAGAACCAGCUGAAAUGGAAACACCAAUCAUGGCUAAAUGUCCAUUUGAUGUUCCAGAUUCCCCCAAGCAUCUCCAGGCAACAGAGGUCACAAAGUCAAGUGUGACCUUGACCUGGGAGAUCCCACAGAAAGAUGGCGGUUCACCUAUUACUGGCUAUGUAUUGGAACGCUGCCAACUGCCUGGUACCCGCUGGGUGAAGGCAAGCAAGAAGCCGAUACCGGACACCAUGUUAACAGUACCAGAUCUGUAUGAAAACACAGAAUACCAGUUCAGAGUUUCUGCUGUAAAUGCCAUUGGUGUUGGAAAACCAUGUGAACCAACCAGCCCAAUAAGAGCCAAGGAACCAUACGACAAACCAAGUGCUCCUGGUGUGCCAAACAUCACUGAAGUUACAAAUACCUCAGCCCUCCUGGAAUGGACCCCACCCAGCAAAGAUGGUGGAAGCCCAGUCUCCAGCUAUUUCAUUGAAUACAAACCAGUCUCUGGUAAGAAAUGGCUCCCAGCUAACAAAGGAGAGACAAUGCCAGAAACCAGCUUCACAGUGACAGACCUACCAGAAGGUGAAGUUUGUGAGUUCAGAGUCACUGCUGAAAACAAGGCAGGACUUGGAAAACCUUCAGAUGUUUCAGAAAAGGUCACAAUAAAAGCUCCAGUUGUUGGUGAAGCACCGUCUGUCCUGGAAGGUCUUCCUGACGUGUCUGUUCUACUUGGAGAGAACACAUACAUGGAAUGUAAGAUCAGUGGGGAACCAGAACCUACUAUUGCCUGGUUCCGUGACUCUAAAGAAAUUACUGAGAGCAAGAAAUACCAGUUUGAUUACACAGAUCUCGUUGCCUCGAUCAAGAUCAAGGAAGUUACUGAGAAAGAUGCUACCAGUAUUACAUGCGAGGCAUCCAAUGACCUUGGCUCUGUUAAAACUACUGGACAAAUUGAAGUUCAGGACAAACCAAAACUCGAUUAUGACAAUAAAUUCCGUGACAUUGUGACCUUGAACUCUGGAUCAACCUUGAAGAUACCAGUCAAGGUUUCUGGUCUUCCUAAGCCUUCAGUGACAUGGAGUAAGGAUGAGAAACCAGUCAGAUCACAUGGACGCUUGACCCUUGACAUUAGUGACAAAGCAACAACAUUGACCUUGAAGAAGGUCACCAGAGAGGAUGAUGGGUUAUACUCAGUUCUGGCUGAAAAUGAGGCUGGACAAGCAUCUGCCAAAUUUGACAUUGAAGUCAUUGACGUCCCAGAGAAACCUGAAAAUCUCAAGGUGGAUGAGGUGACCCGUGACAGUGUCAUGUUGUCAUGGCAACCACCAAAAGAUGAUGGAGGUACUGACAUAUUAUCUUAUAUCAUCGAGCGCCGUGAUCAAGGUCGCUCCAUGUGGAUGAAGGUCACGACUGUUGAUGCCGCGGAAAUAACAUACUGUGUUAAAGAUCUUGUUGAAGGAAAGGAGUACUUUUUCCGUGUCUCGGCCAAAAAUGAGGUCGGAAUAUCGGAACCAACUGAAAUGGACAAAGCAGUAACACCUAAGAGUGGAUUUGAAGUACCCUCAGCUCCAGUAGGUCCACUGGAUGUCUCUGAUAUCACAGCUGAGAGUGUCAAAUUGUCAUGGCAACCACCUAAACAAGAUGGUGGAACUCCAAUCACAAAAUAUCUUGUUGAGAAAUGUGAUACAAAGAGAAUGGCCUGGAGUCCAGUAGCAGAGGUUGAUGGUAACACAUUGAGCCAAACAGUCGGAAAACUGAUCGAAGGUCAGCCAUAUUUGUUCCGUGUGUUGGCCAUUAAUGCUGAAGGUCAGAGCAAACCACUCCAGACAGAUGUGGAAAUUAAACCAAAGAAACCAGCAGAAGCGCCAGGUAAACCAGUGGGCAACUUGACCUUCACUAAACCAACCAAAGACAGUGUAGUCCUUAACUGGAAAGCACCAAAGAAAGAUGGUGGUGCUCCAAUCAAAUCGUACAAGAUUGAAGUGUCAAAUGACGGCAAAACUUGGACUGAUCUAACAACAGCCAAUAAAACGGCUACACAGUUCACGGUGAAGGACCUGGAAACUGGAAAGGACUAUUACUUUAGGGUAUCAGCUGAGAAUGAUGUUGGUUAUGGUGAAAGUGUAACAUCUGAUGUGUUUAAACCUGUCAAACCAAUAGAAGCACCAGAGAAACCUGAAUCUGUGGAAAUUCUGGAUGUGCAGAAGACCUCCAUGAAACUCCAGUGGAAACCCCCAACUCAAGAUGGUGGUUCACCAAUCACAGGCUACGUCAUUGAGAAACGUGAUAUGAAGCGACCAACAUGGACAAAUGCUGGCAAAGUGCCAAAAGAUGUCACUGAGAUCACUGUAGACAAGCUUCUAGAAGGCUCAGAGUACCUGUUCAGGGUCAUGGCAGAGAAUAAGAAAGGUCAAAGCAAACCAUGCGAGACCAAAGCACCUAUUGUUGCCAAGAGUCCCUAUGAUGUACCAUCUCAACCAGUUGGACCAUUACUUGUUGACAAUAUUACCCAGGAUUCUGUUGAGUUGUCAUGGCAACCACCAACUUCAGAUGGAGGCUCACCAAUCAAAAACUACUUAAUAGAAUACAAACAACCAUCCAAAACAAACUGGGUGAAGGGAGGAACUACCGAUGGUUUGACAACAGAUUUUACAGUCACAGGAUUGAUGGAUGGAAUAGAAUACCUGUUCCGUGUGUCAGCCAUUAAUGAUGAGGGACAGAGUAAACCACUAGAAACAGAAAAAGCUGUUAAACCACAAAAGCAAAUAGCUCCACCCAGUGCCCCAGAAGAUCUUACUGUUGUCAAGGUUGACAAAGACUCUGUUACUAUUGAAUGGAAGAAACCUGCCAAAGACGGUGGCUCUAAACCCACAGCCUUCAUUGUCAGCAAGUGUGAGGCCAAAUCUGAUGAGUGGGUCAAGGUUGCGACCUUGAAACCACAAGAAAUGGUGUACAAGUUCAAGGACUUGCCAGAAAAGAAGUUCUACUUCUCGGUGGCAGCAGAGAAUGCCGCUGGUGUAGGUCCUGCUGCAGAGACUCAGAAAGCAGUGAAACCUGAAUACCCAUUAGGUCCACCAAGCACACCAGUUGGUCCACUUACAGCCUCUGAUAUUGACGGCACUGAGCUCACGUUGUCAUGGAAACCACCAGAGCAUGAUGGUGGUUUACCUCUCACAGGAUACUUCAUAGAGAAACGUGAAGGGUUCAAACAGUUCUGGGGUAAGGUAGCAAGAAUACCUGCUGAUACAGAGAAAUACCGUGUGACAGACUUAACCGAAAAUACAAACUAUCUGUUCCGUGUGUCUGCUGAAAAUAAAGAAGGCACAAGUAAACCAUUGGAGAUGAAGGACUCGGUUACACUCAAGAGUGCUUACAAACCUCCUGACCAACCAGUUGGACCAAUCAAAAUAUCUGAUGUAACACAAGACUCAGCAACAUUGACCUGGAAACCACCACAUGAUGAUGGUGGAUCACCAAUCACUGGCUACAAUAUUGAGUACCGAGACUCACGCCAUCCUUCCUGGACAAAGGCCGGUUCUGUAGAUAAAGACACUACCUCAUGGACACAGUCCAAGCUUCUAGAGGACAAUGAGUAUAUCUUCAGGGUCACAGCGGUCAACAAGAAAGGUGAAAGUUCACCACUGGAAGCACAGGAAACUGUGAAAUUAAUGAAACCUCUAGCUGCCCCAGGCAAACCAGAGGAUGUAAAGGUGAAGGACGUUAAGAAUGACACAGUGACCUUGGCCUGGAACAAACCAAAGGAAGAUGGUGGAUCCAAGAUCGAAUCUUACUUCAUUUUAAUGAAGGAAGACGAUGAAGAGUACAAAGAAAUUGCAAAACUCAAAUCUUUUGACAAUGAUUACAAAGUAAAAGGCCUUCAACCUGGCAAAAACUACAAGUUUGCAGUUGUUGCUGGAAACAAGAUUGGCAGGGGUGAAGCCAUGGAAACAAGCACUCCAACUGUUUUGAAGAAGAAGGCAACAAAACCAUCAGCACCAGUUGGACCUAUCGUGUUCUCUGAUAUUCAGAAAACAUCUGUAGUUAUCUCAUGGAAACCAUGCGAAGAUGAUGGUGGAUCACCACUGACUGGAUACUACAUCGAGAUGAGGGAGUCACCAAAAACUACCUGGAGUAGAGUGACAACUGUGAAUGCUGAUAUUACAUCUUAUUGUGUACAGAGACUGAAGGAUAGACAAGAAUACUUCUUCAAAGUGUUUGCCGAGAACAAAAUUGGCAGAUCAGACGCUCUGGUCUCUGAUGGUGUUACAGUCAAGUCUCCAUUUGAUGUACCAGAUGCCCCUGAAGGCCCAGUAGAAUUCAGUGAGGUCACUAAAGACUCUGUAACAAUGUCAUGGAAACCACCGACCAAAGAUGGCGGCUCAGAAGUUACCGGGUAUGUGAUUGAACAGCGUGACACACGUAGAACAACGUGGGUAAAAGCUGGUGCAGUGAAUGGUAGAACAACAUCAUACACUGCAACGAGACUGAUAGAGGACAAUGAAUAUAUGUUCAGGAUCACGGCAGAGAACAAGGAAGGUCCUAGUGCCACCUUGGAAUCACCACCUGUGAAACCCUGCAAACCUAAAGCUGUACCAUCUGCACCAACACUGCUCACAGUGCAAGACAGGAAACCUAACAAUGUGACCUUGACCUGGAAACCACCUAAAGAUGGUGGCAGUGACAAGAUGCAGGCUUAUCACAUCUUUGUAAGGGAAGGAGAGGGAAAAUGGUUUGGUGUUGGAAAGGUGAAAGCCUUUGAUAUGGAACAUAAGGUGGAGAAUCUGAAAACAGAUAAACCAUACUUCUUUGCCGUCUGUGCAGAAAAUUCUGUUGGCAAGGGACCAUUGGCUGAGACUGAUACACCCACUGUACUGAAGAAAAGAACAGUUGCUCCAUCCCCGCCAGUUGGACCAAUAGAAUUCUCCAACAUCCACCGUAUCUCGGUUACAGUUGCCUGGCAACCACCAGAGGAUGAUGGAGGGGCAAAGGUCAAAGAGUAUAUUCUCGAAGCCAAGGAAGCUACAAGAACAUCAUGGACAAAGGUUGCGACAGUGAGCUCUGUCAGUACAUCAUAUGAUGUUGAGAAACUCAAAGACAAGCAGGAAUAUGUAUUCAGAGUUUCAGCAGUGAAUUCCAUUGGACAGUCAGAACCUCUUGUGUCAGAUAAAGUCCAGCUGACUUCACCCUAUGAUGUUCCAUCUAAACCUGUUGGACCACUCAAUGUAUCAGACGUCACAGAGUCGUCUGCUGUGUUGUCAUGGCAACCACCAGCAUAUGACGGCGGAGCACCUGUCAAGAACUACGUCAUAGAGAGUAGGGAAGGCAUAUCUGGAGUAUGGAAGAAGGUUGCCGAUGUCCGUCCAACAGAGAACAAGUACAAGGCAGACAAAUUGAGGAUUGGCAGUGAUUAUGACUUCCGCGUCAUAGCUGUCAAUGCUGAAGGUCCUAGUGAACCUCUACAGACCUCAGAACCAGUUGAAAUCAGAAAGAAAAUUGGUGAACCAGACGCCCCUGCUACUCUCAAGGUCACAAAGAUUUCCCCAGACUCAGCUGACCUCAAAUGGACUCCAUCCACUAAAGAUGGAGGGUCAAAGAUCAAAGGUUACCAUAUUUACAUGGCAACUACCCCUGGAGAAUGGACAGAGGUCAGUCAGACAAAGGCAUUUGAUGAGAAAUUCACAGUUCCGAACCUGACAGAAGGACAGUCGUACUACUUCGCUGUCGCUGCAGAGAAUGAAGCAGGCGUGGGACCCAAACAGGAACUGGACAAACCAGUCAUUGCGCAGAAACCUAAAGGAAAGCCUUCAGUCCCAGAAAGCCCAUUUGAUGUUGUCAAGGUCACUGAGGACAGUAUCAAGUUCUCAUGGCAACCAAGUACGACUGAUGGAGGUUCUCCAAUCACAGCCUAUGUCCUUGAAAUGAGAGAAUCUUGGAAAUCAAAAUGGCGAGAAUGUGGAAAAACUGAACCUGACACGUGUGAUUUCACUGCUAAGAAACUGAAGGAGGGAGAAGAGUACUUUUUCCGUGUUUGUGCGGAAAAUGCUGUUGGACAAUCAGACUUCCUUGAAAUGCCCAAACCAAUCAGAGCAGAGAAACCAAAAACUGCUCCAAGCCCACCACAGAAUCUAAAAGUAACCAAAGUAUUGCCGGACGGCACUGCUUACUUUGAAUGGAAAGCACCUGCCGAUAAUGGAGGAUCAAAGAUACAUCAUUACCAUGUCUACAUCGGUCAUGAGGAUAAGGACGACUGGAAAGAUGUUGAAACUACAGAUGGAUUCAAACUCAAUUCACAGGUGAAAGACCUUAAGUAUGAGAAAAAGUACAUUGUUGCAGUAACGGCUGAAAAUGAUGUUGACGAAAGCGAAAUGGCAAUGAUUUCAGAGCCAAUAAAAAUAGAUAGACCAAGAGAUAUUCCAUCACCACCAGUAGGUCCUGUUGUGUUCUCAAACAUUAACAAGACCUCAGCAACCAUGAGCUUCAAAAAGAGCAAGAGUGAUGGAUAUUCACCGAUAACACACUACAUUGUAGAUAUUAGAGAAAAGUUCAAACGUACUUACACCCACAUGACUGAUGUCAGAGCUGACCAAGACCUUACAUGUGAACUUACAAAUCUCACUGAGGGACAAGAGUAUCAGGUUCAAAUCCGGGCCGUAAACUCGGUUGGCACAUCAAAACCUUUGGAAUCUGAGAACACCGUCAAGCCAAAGAGCCCAUACAGUCCACCUUCUGCUCCAAGAAAUGUAAAAGCAAGGGACAUAACUACAAGUGGAGGUGUGCUUGAUUGGAAAGCACCAGAUAAAGAUGGUGGUGCACCAAUCUCAAAAUACUUUGUUGAGAAACGAGAAAAGACAUACGGUUCUUGGAAACCUGAAGGUACAGUUGAUGCUCCAACAACAACUCUGGAGUUGAAACGUCUUUCAGAAGGAGUGGAAUAUUACUUCAAGGUGUGUGCUGAAAAUGAGGCUGGCAAAGGGCCAUUCUCUGACAUGGCUGGGCCUUUCAAACCUGAAAAAGAAAAGAGUGUGCCUGACAAACCUGUUGGACCAAUCAAAUUCAAGGAUAUAGAUGCUACCAGCCUCACGAUGGAAUGGCAGCCACCCAAAAAUGAUGGUGGCUCCAAAAUAAGUGGAUACAAAGUCCAGGUCACUACUGACCAGAAGGUUUGGACUGAUAUUACAAUAUCCCAGAAGACAGUGUACGCAGCUAAACAAUUAGUUACUGACCAGACAUACCGCUUCAGAAUUUAUGCUUUCAAUGACAUCGGUGAAAGCAAGCCUCUUGACUCAGAUGAGGUUACCUGCGCUGUUCCUAAAGGAAAGCCAGGAAGGCCAUGUGAGCCUAUUGAGACUAAACCUCUCACCAAGGAUUCCUUGGAGUUGUCAUGGCAACAACCAGAACAUGAUGGGGGCUCUCCAAUCACCAGUUAUGUCAUUGAAAAACGUGACAAGUCUUACACUAGAUGGACACACCAUGAGAAAACAGCAGACGCAAACACGUCGGCCAUCUUGAAACGUCUUCAGACUGGUUCUGAAAUGUACUUCAGAGUGGCUGCUGUAAACAAGCUUGGUACUGGGGAACCACUAGAAAUGACUAAACCAGUCUUGAUCAAGAGUCCAUUUGAUGUCCCAUCUGCUCCAGUAGGACCACUUGCAGUAUCUGACAUUACAGAAAAUAGCUGUCUCCUGAAAUGGAAACCAUCUGAAAAGGAUGGCGGAAAACCAAUAACCAAAUACGUCAUUGAGAUCCGUGAGUCUCGCCGCAGCAUGUGGAGCCAGUGUGGCACAGUAGAACCCAACGUUACCAAAUUUAGCCCAAAGAAUAUAAUGAUUGGAAAUGAGUACUACUUCAGAGUGAAAGCUGUAAAUGAAGAGGGAGAAAGUGCCCCUCUCGAGACACAUGAUCUGGUGGUGCCAAAGAAAAAGAUUGAACCACCAAGUUCUCCACAGAAACUUACUAUCGAGCGUGUCACAGAUAAAGACGUCAGUCUUACAUGGCGUGCACCUAAAUCUGAUGGAGGAUCACGCGUUAAACAGUACAAAAUCUAUAAGAAAUCAGAUAAACCCGGUGGUGUGUGGGCGGAUGCUGGAACCGUUGAUUCUUUCAAAACAAACGCUACUGUCACAGGACUGUCACCUGAUGAGAAAUACCUGUUUGCUGUUAUGGCUGAGAAUGAAAUGGGUCUUGGUGAAAUGGCUGAAACUGACAGACCUACAAUGCUACAGAAACCUAUCACACCACCAGCAGCUCCAGAAGGACCAAUGGAGAUCAAGGACCUUACCAAAAAUAGUGCGACCUUGACAUGGAAGGAAAGUCCAGAAGACGGAGGAUCUCCAAUCACCCACUAUCUGGUGGAACAACGUGAAGCAUGGAAAACAACAUGGACCUAUGUGGAAAAGAAGAAAGCACCAGCUACUUCUCACAAAUUCACACGUUUGACUGAAGGUGCUGAAUACAUUGUACAAGUAAAAGCAGAAAACAAAGUAGGCCAGUCUGAACCAUUGGAGAGUGAGAAAUUCACACCAAGAAACUUAUUUGGCCCACCUACUGCUCCAAAAGGUCCACUUGCUGUCUCGGACAUCACGUCCAACUCUUGCAAACUUACAUGGAACGCCCCGGAGAGUGACGGUGGCAAACCACUCAAACAUUACAUCAUUGAGAAACGUGACUCCAAACGAUUCUCAUGGACAGAGGUUGAGACCAUCAGACCAAAGCACACCUCCAUUGAUAUAUCCCGCCUCAUUGAAGGUGUAGAGUAUGACUUCAGGGUAUUUGCAGAGAAUGAGGAAGGUAGAAGCCCUGCACUGGAAACAAAAGAAAAGAUCCUUUGCAGAAAAUCUGCAUCAAAACCAGACACUAUCAGUGGUAAACUACGUACCAGUGACCUUGGCCAGGAUUCUGUCACAUUGUCAUGGUUACCACCCCAGGAUGAUGGUGGCUCACCAAUCACCCGCUACAUUCUGGAAUCACGAGACACUGGAUCUCGAGACUGGAAACCUCUGGCUGAACUUCCUGCCAAAAAUAAUGACUAUACAGUGAAAGAUCUUGUGGAGGGUGAAGAAUACGAGUUCAGAAUAAUGGCAGAAAAUAGUGUUGGACGCAGCAAACCUGUACAGACAGAUUCAGCUGUGAAACCAUACAGAGAACUUGAAGCUCCAGGAUCCCCAACAGGACCUCUAGUUUCCAGCGACAUCACUAAGGAAUCCCUGACAUUGUCAUGGCAACCACCCAAGCAUGAUGGUGGCUCUCCAAUCACUGGUUACAUCAUUGACAGAAUUGAUCUUGACCAAGGUGGUUGGGUGCACAGUGCCCGUCUGCCGGCUGAUGUUACCUCUCACACAAUUGGAAAUCUUAUGAAGAACCAUCGUUACAACUUCAGAGUUUAUGCACAAAACAAAAUUGGUACAAGUGAACCAAUAGAAUUGGCUGAAGCAGUCAAAGUCACAAGUGGUAUAGAUGUGCCGUCUGCUCCAGAGAAAUUAAAGGUCCAGGACUUUACCAAUGACUCAGUCACUAUUCAGUGGUCUGCCCCUGCUUCCACUGGUGGAGCACCAAUCACUGGUUACACAAUUGAGAAACGUGACAUGAGCCGUCAACAAUGGAGCAGAGUUACUGGUGUUGAACCUAAGCAGACGACAUACACCAUUCCUAACCUCCUUGAAGGAAGAGCUUACUUGUUCCGUGUCAUGGCAGAGAACUCUGAAGGACUUGGGGAACCAGCUACUCUUGAAAAACCAGUGGUACCAGAACAAGAAGUCUGUGCACCAACUGCCCCUGAAUUACUUGAGGUUACAAGUCUAGAGAAAGAUUCUGCCUCACUGCGCUGGAAGAGACCCAAGUUUGAUGGAGGAGCCCCAGUUACAAACUACAUCAUUGAAAAACGUGAAGAAUUUAAAGAUGACUGGACCAAAGUCAAACAAGUUGACAACUUUGUGUUCAAUCACCAAAUCAGAGACCUAGUACCAGACAAGAAAUACUACUUCCGGGUCAGUGCUAAAAAUAGCAUUGGCAUUGGAGCACCAUGUGAAUUACAGGAACCAGUCAUUCCUAGCAGACCUGCUGAUAAGCCUGGUAAACCAACAGGACCAUUGGAAGUUAGCAACAUCACAGCCGAUCAUGUCAAGUUGUCAUGGCAACCGCCAGAGUACGACGGAGGAUCUCGCCUCACUGGAUACCUUGUUGAAAAGUCUGAGGCCAGACGUCCAAAAUGGUUGCGUGUUGCUCGUGUCGGACCCACAGAUUUGUCAGCAGAUUUAGACAAUCUUGUAGAAAAUACAGACUAUUAUUUCAGAGUUAUUGCUGAAAAUAAAAUGGGAGUUAGCUCCCCUCUUGAGACCUCCAAAUCUGUGAAACCAGUCAGUCCAUACAGUCCACCCAGUGCUCCAGUUGGACCAAUUAAAGUACUUCAAGUGACUCGUGACUCUGCAACCAUUCAGUGGGGACCACCUACUUCAGAUGGUGGCACUCCUAUUACAAGCUACCUUGUUGAGAAACGCGAGGGCACACGUCGUGCCUACAUUCACAUUGGCAAAACUGAUGCAGACAGAACCAAAAUUACGGUUUCCGGCUUGCGAGAAGAUAAUGACUACCAUUUCAAGGUGAUGGCCGAGAACAAAGUGGGAACCGGUCCUGGUCUAGAAACAGUGGAACCAGUCAUACCCAAGAGAAAAUAUGAAGUUCCACAGCCACCAACAGCUCUCAGAACCUCGGAUGUAGGCAAGAACUCACUGACACUGAGCUGGGAACCACCAUACGGCGACGACACAAUCACUGGAUACAUUCUCGAGAAGAAGAAAGAACACACUGAUGAAUGGUCUCGUAUUGCACGUGUACCAGGAAAAGUUCGCACACAUCAUGUUACAGGUCUUACAGCAGGGGGUGCUUUCCAUCUCCGCGUUUCAGCCGAAAAUCCCGCUGGAAUUAGCGAACCAACUGAAAUGCCAGUAGUUGUAGAACUCAAAGGAAGAAGAGAGAAACCAGGAGCACCUGCUAGAGCCCCUGAAAUCCUGGAGGUAGGACCCAGAUUCUGUGAGUUGUCAUGGGAACCCCCAGCAACUGAUGGUGGUUCACCAAUCACUGGUUACCAUGUGGAACGCGCUGAUCUGUCAGGCACACGUUGGAUGCCGGUUAACAAAACACCUGUCAAGGACACUAAAUUGAGACUCAGCGACCUGAUGGAAGAUAUUCCAUACACAUUCCGUGUACGAGCCGAGAACAAAGAAGGAUCUGGGGAACCCUCUCCAGCUUCAGAACCAAUAUACUGCAGUGAUAGAAUUGCGACUGCACCACCGAAGUUUGUGAAGGACAUCAGUGACCUUACUGUAUGUGAGGGCAAUGAAGCUGUUUUCACGUGCGAGAUCACUGGCAUGCCACGACCUGAGGUCACAUGGUACAAGAACUAUCGCGAGAUCUUUAGCGGACGUAAAUACCAAGUGAAAUCAGAUGGUACCAAAUACACACUGAUCAUCCGCACAACUGAAGAAACUGAUAUUGGUGGAAUUGAAUGCUAUGCCAGAAACAAGUUUGGUUCUGCAACAUCGAGAGCUUCACUGGACGUUGAAGCCCCACCAAAGAUCCAUGAUGUACCACCACGUUACUCUGAGGGUCUUAAGUUUGGAUGUGGAGACACAAUCCAUGCCCGUAUCAUGUUUACUGGCCGUCCAGCACCUAAGGCCUCCUGGACAAAGGAAGAGAAGACACUGAAAUCUGCCAAGCGAACAGAAAUCAAAAGUACUGGACGUCACAGUAUUAUCACAAUCAAUGACACAGACAGAGCGGACAGCGGUCUGUACAGACUGACCAUCGAGAACAAACUCGGCAAAGACACUGUGGAAUUCUCAGUUGCUGUCAUAGAUCGUCCUAAAGCACCACAAGGACCAACAAGAAUUGAAAAUACAUCGAAACACUCCGUAGACCUGACUUGGAGAGAGCCAGCUGAUAAUGGUGGUUCGGACAUCACUGGCUACAUCAUUGAGAAGUGUGACAUGACAACCAACAUCUGGCGUCGUGCCACUACGUCAAACACUACUGCCACAACUGUCAGCUGCUUGGAGGAACAUAAGGAGUAUAAAUUCCGAGUGAUUGCUGAAAAUUUGGUUGGAAUCAGUGAACCUGGACCUGAAUCUGACAUUGCUGUGACAAGAGAACAGACACCAGAUAUUGAUUAUGAUGAACUAUAUGAUUCAAAUUUCCGUGGCACUAAAGUUGACAUCGGUAAAAUCCGCGGAGAUGUCCUCGGCAAAUACAUCAUCUGUGAAGAACUAGGACGUGGAGCCUUUGGUGUGGUACACAGAGCCAUCGAGCGAGCCACAAGCAAGAACUGGGCAGCCAAGUUUAUCCACUGCAAGCCCCAGGAGAAAGAAAACGUGCGGCACGAGAUUGAUAUAAUGAACAGUCUACAUCACUCUAAACUGAUGCAGCUGCAUGAGGCAUUUGAUCAAGCUGGAGAAAUGGUCAUGAUUCUAGAAUUGUUGAGUGGUGGAGAGUUAUUUGACCGUCUGGUUCAGCAGGAAUAUGACUUCACAGAACAAGACUGUAUCACAUACAUGAGACAGAUUUGCCAGGGUGUCCGACAUAUGCACCAACAGAAUAUCGUACAUCUAGACUUGAAGCCUGAAAAUGUCAUGUGUGUCACCAAAGAUAGCACAGAUGUGAAGAUCAUUGACUUUGGUCUCGCUCAGCGUCUUGAGGAGGGUAAAUCCGUCAAGGUUCUGUUUGGAACAGCAGAGUUCUGUGCCCCUGAAAUCAUCAACUAUGAGCCUGUGUCCUUUUCAGCUGACAUGUGGUCACUUGGAGUUGUCAGUUAUGUGGUGUUGAGCGGUUAUUCUCCAUUUGCUGGAGACAAUGACCAUGAGACAUUCCAGUUUAUCAAUAACGUGGACUUUGACUUUGAUGACGAGGUCUGGGAGAACGUGUCUCAGGAUGCCAAAGAUUUCAUCAAGAAACUCCUGUGCAAGGAUAAACAUUCACGUAUGACAAUUGACGAGGCUUUAGAUCACCCAUGGUUGAAUCCACGCAGACGCACAGACACUAAAGAUGAAAAGGAGGGUGGUGCCCGACUGACAGGCAAGCCAUUGUCAAGAGAACAUCACAAAGACUACAGACUUAGAAACAGACAUAAGGAGGAUGACCUUGACAUUCUGCCAAUUGGACGUUUAGCACGUGACAGCGCUAUAUUUAGAAAGGAAGGCGACAGUGGUGUCAUACCUAGAAAUAUUGUCAUGGAACUACCUGACCAUGCUCCAGUUUUGUGUGAAGCCCUGGAAGACAUCCAUGGAUACGAGGGUUCUCGUGUUGAGAUGUCAUGCAAGUUCACUGGCAAACCCGUGCCAAACAUUAUCUGGACAAAGGAUGGAACAGAGCUGGAAGAUUCAGCAAAAUACACGCUGAAAUAUUCAGACAAUGUGGCAUCAUUGUUUAUCAAUUUCCUGGAGCCUGACGAUGCUGGUAGAGUCACGUGUAAGGCUUCCAAUGCAUUUGGAUCUGUUAAAACAAGCGCCGAUCUGACCAUCGAAGGCAUCAGACAUCGUAGAAAACGUCGCGAGGAGGCGGAAGAGGCGCUGAAGAAGAAAAAGUAUCCUAAACACGAGUAUGACACAAGCAUACAGGACUUGAACGUUGCUCCUAAGUUCUUACUACCGCUGGUAGACCAGACAAGAAAGGUCGGAGAGUCUGUCGAGUUCACUGUUACUGUAACUACGAGACCAGAGCCUGAUGUGACCUGGUACUGUAAUGGUGUGAAGGUGGAGGAGGGAAGUAACUACAGGUUUGAGCACACGAAGGGCGUGUACCAUCUGGUGAUCCUCAGUGUAGAGAAGGAACACAGCGGUCAGUGGAGAUGUGUGGCUGUCAACGACUACGGACAGUCAUCUUGUUACUGUGACUUCAAGGUCAUAGAAACUGUUCCUGACAACUACAAGGCUCCCAAGUUUACACGUACACUUGAGGACAUUACUAUACAUGAGGGUACUGAGGCAAGACUUGAGUGCAAGGUUGAGGGACAUCCAGCUUGCAGUAUUGAGUGGUACAAGGAGAGGAGGUUGAUUCACCCUGGCCGCCAUUAUUCCUUCACAUACGAGAAUAACAUCUGUAUGCUGAGAAUACGUGAAGUAUUUGAGACUGAUGAAGGCUACUACAUGUGUAAAGCUGAAAACAAGGCUGGGUCAGCAACUACUGAAGCAAAGGUCAAAGUUCAAGCGGCUGUACCAGAAGAGAAACCUAUUAUCCCAGGAGUUGCCGGACGUGACAUGUCCGCUGCUCCAACAGAGGCCCCAGAUUAUUCAUCCAAGUUUAACAAAGCCCCAGACUUCACAGCCAAGCUGCAGAACCAUUCUGUACUAGAAGGAAGCAAGAUCAGACUCAUGUGCUCCAUUACUGGAGUACCAAAUCCCAAAAUCUCCUGGUACAAAGAUGGCAUGGAGAUCAGGUCUGGAGACCGCUAUCUCAUCACAAACAACUUUGGUCUACUCGGACUUGAGAUUCUGUCUGCCACAAUGACUGAUGUCGGCCGCUACACAUGUAAAGCCGUUAACUCUGUCGGUGAAGCAGAAUGCAGUGCAACUGUCAAAGUUGAAGGCAAGAGAUCACCAUCACCAAAACGUAAGGAGAUAAGUCAGCGACCUUGGUUCAUCAGAAUGCCCCGUGAUGUUACAGUCAAUGAGGGACAAGAUGCAACUUUCACAUGCAAUGUUGGUGGCAAGCCUGAACCAACAGUCAAAUGGCAAAAGGAUCUGUUUGAUAUAACUGACAGUAGACGGUUUGAUAUCAACAUCAGUAGCGAUGGUGAAGUAGAACUGACAAUUAGAAAAGUGACAUCUAGUGAUGAAGGACUGUAUUACUGUCUCGCUCAAAGCAGCGCUGGCCGCAGCAAGUGCUCUGCCGCUCUCAGAGUCAUUGCGAGAACCAAGACUCCACCAAAACCCAGACCUUCAGUCUAUGAAGAAAUUGCAGCUAAAAAAGCCCAAGCAGCCCAGGAAGCCCGCAGAGCUUUACCUGGCGACCUUCCUAAGUUCAAGGUCAAACUUCCAAAGGUCAUUGAACUAGAAGAGGGAGAUAGAUUGAGGCUGGAAGUAAGAGCUGAUGGCACACCAAACCCACUUGUAACAUGGCACAGAGGUUUACGAGACUUGUCUCAUGACAUGCGAUGCAGAAUAUCGUCCUAUCAACACACAGACAUACUCGAAAUACGUGAAGUCAUGGUAACCGAUUCCGGAGAAUAUGUUGCCAGGGCAACUAACACACAUGGCUCAGUGGAUACUGUCUGUAUCGUCAAGGUGAAGAGGAGGAGUCCACGUAGAGAUGAUGAUGAUCUUGCAGCCUUACAGACAGCUGGUGCUGAGGCUGGUGGCCCAGAGGAAGGAUUCGCUCCAUUCUUCAUGAAACCACUACCACCCUCUAUUGAUGUAAUGGAAGGAUUUAACAUACAGAUGGACUGUAUCAUUGAAGGCAGUAUUGAAAUGGUGCAACACAAAAGUUCAAAUAUUCGCGAAAUGCAACGAGAAUUCUCAAGCUGUGGAUUUGAAGGCCGAUAUUUCAAAAUGGAAAAGGCAGAACUGCCCUCUGGUCGCAGAAGUCAGCGGGAAUCUCAGAUGGAGGCUCCAGAAUUUGUUUCCAGACCACAAGAUGUGGAAGUUGAGCUUGGUGAAUCAGCUGAGUUUACUUGUGAAGUUUCCGGAAAACCCAAGCCAGAAGUUUUGUGGUUGAAAAACGGCCGACCAGUCCAGGAAUCAUCAAGUAUCCGACUGACCGCUGACGGUAACAAUUACAGAUUGAGAAUCCGAUCUGUUACAGAGAGUGAUGCCGGCAACUACAUCUGCACAGCAUCCUCUGAUGCUGGCAUGAAAUCCUGUCAAGCAACUCUGAAAAUAAAAGCUGCUACUGAAGCAGAAUCCUCAAAAUUUGUCCUUGAACUUGAAUCAGAGGUCAAAGUCAAAUCAGGCAAAUCUACCAAGGUAACAUGUCAAGUCAGCGGAGAGGUCAAAUCUGUUGAAUGGAAGAAAAACGGACAAAAGAUUGAAGAGUCUGAAAAGGCCAAGAUGAGCCAGGAAGCAGACGGCACUGUAAACCUUGACCUGAUGAACCUCAAACCAGAUGAUUCUGGAGAAUAUACUUGUUCCAUUACCAUGGCAGCCGGAGAUACCUUGACAACCAGUGGGAAAAUCACUGUUAUAGAUUCAAAUGGAGAAAAGAAUGGUGCCCCAGUUUUCACGAAGCCCCUCAAAGAUUUAAAUGUCCAUGAUGGAGAUAGGGUGACCCUCGAAUGUGAAGUAACUGGGACACCACGUCCCCAGAUCUCUUGGUUCAAAGGCAACAAAGAAGUGUUAGAUUCACAGGAUUUCCAGAUCACAUCCAUUGGCAAUAGGUGCUGUCUCGAAUUUCUAGACAUUUUCCCUGAAGAUGAGGGCAGAUAUUUCUGCAAGGCCAGUAACUCUGCAGGGGAGGCAACUACAUCUUGCGUUCUCAUGGUAGAUGAUGAUCUGUCAUUCACACUUGAUUCAUCCAUCGGUUCCUCGUACUCUUCUCUCUAUCCCGUUCCUCGGGGUGGAAGUAGAAGCAGGAGUAUUGAUGAAGGAUCAGGAUCUGUGGAAUUUCGUGUUGAUCCAAACACAAAGAAGUUGGUCAGUUCUGCCCUCAGUGCCCAAGAGAAAGAAAAAGCACCCGAGUUUGUCUCUAAGCCCAAACGCCAGUUUGUCAACGAGGGAGAGACAGCAAAGUUCAAAGCCCAAAUUGAAGGUUCAUCUGUUAUCACCUGGAGCAAAAAUGGAACAACCCUUACAAAUGGUGAUAAAUACAAGAUAUACACAGAAAAAGAUGUACAUAUCCUGGAACUACCAAAGGUUACACAAGAUGACCAAGGAUCUUAUGUUUGCAAAAUUGAGAACUCUGCAGGAUCUGCAACUGCUACUGCAGAACUGGAAGUUUUUGUGCGACCGAAAUCCCAGACUGGUAAAUCGUCAAUGUUUGUUUCUCCGACGGUUGACAUUCCACUAGAAGAUACUGAGUUUGCUGACAAAGAGAAAAAUGCCACACUUGUUUGCAAGUUUCACAAUGCUAUUGAUGGAACAGCCAAGUGGUAUAAAGAUGGUCGUGAAUUGAACAAUUGGCAAGCAAAGGCGACAUUUGAUGGACGUACAGCUAAACUCGUUCUCAGAGAAGCUUCAAAACGUAACUGCGGAGUUUACGAGUGUAUUGUGAAAAAUACUGGUGGAGAAGCAAAAACAAAAGCACUUGUAUCAUUGCUAGAUCCCAGUGUGAAACCUUCACCUCCAAAAUUUACUCUGGCUCUGAAUGACCAAGCCAUAGAGGCUGGGGAGAAGCUUGUGCUGGAGACUGAGGUCACAGGCACACCCCGACCUUCCCUGAAGUGGUACAAGGACAACAAGGAACUUGGGUCCUCACAAGACAUCCGUAUGGAAUUUAAGGAGGGCAAAGGUCGACUCAUCAUGGAUAGCCAAGACCUUGCUGAAGGGUCAAAGUUCACCUGUGUGGCUAAAAAUAUCGCAGGAGAAGACCAGACUAUGGCUUCUGUCAAUAUAUCAGGCUCAGCAGAUGCUAGAGAACCCCCGAUUUUUACAAAAGAAUUACAGGACAUGGAAGUCUCGGACGGCGAUAGGGUCGAAAUGAGCGUUGAGGUCAAAGGUACCCCACCCAUAGAUAUAGUCUGGGUUCAUAAUAACCGUGAAAUCCCACCCACAGAUCCGGUAUGCCGCAUGAUAACCAAAGGAAACACGCACAUGCUUGUUAUACCGGAAGUAUUUCCGGAAGAUGCCGGAGAGUAUGUGUGUGAGGCAUAUAAUGAUUAUGGAGAUACUGACACUUUCUGUCGACUUAAUGUGCAUGAAGAAAAAGACGUUAUCCAGAACAUAUCCCAGAAAGCACCAGAAUUUAUUGUUUCUCCACAAAACGUCCACGUUGAUGAAGGAGCGAAUACAACGCUAAGUUGUCAGGUCAGCGGCAACCCACCCCCUUCUGUUCAGUGGUCUAGAGGUCGACAGAUACUGAAACACGGAACAAAAUAUAAGAUCAGUAGUAUAGGAGAGGAGCAUUUUCUUGACAUUUCAUCAGCAAACCUGGAAGAUAUUGGCCAGUACACGUGUACAUUGUGCAACCCCUCAGGAACUACUAGCGCCAUCUGUCAGGUGUCUGUAGGGGAUAUUACAUUACAGUCUACACCUUACAACCAGAGGUCUCACCACAAAAUUAGAUCUCAAAGAGACCAUUCUUUGAAACAUAAUGGGACUGGAUCUGAAAGUUCUGACAUUUCAUCACUAGAUAGUGAAUAUUUCCAACCUCAAUUUGCUGUGAAAACAAACAGUGAACCAGUCCAUUGUACACAAAUAAAUUUUAAAACUAAUGGUGAACAGUUCCAUGGUGCACAGUCAAAUUAUGAAAUAAACAAUGAACCAUUCCAUGGCACUCAUUCUGCUCUAAAAAGAAACAGUGAACCGUUCCAAGUUAAAGAGUCAGUUAAUGAAGUUGUUGUCAAAAGACAAGUUAGUGCACCACUGAAUAGAAAUCCAGUGGAAAUUAGUAUUGUAAAUCCCAGUUCCAGUACCAGUUGUUUACAAAAACGGCCAGUAGAAAAAGACUUGAAUAGUGCCAGUAAAUUUAUACAGUCUGUGAAUAUUAAACAAGCCAGUGGUACCCAGUCCAGCUUGUUAGCUCCAAAAAGUCAAGAAAAAUUAAGAGAACCAAUUAUUGAAAAGAAAGGGGGAGUAAAUCAAGUCGACUUCCGUGGAGUUUUGAAACAGAAACAUUCAAGUAAGGAUUCUGGUGUUGGAGACUUAAACGGACAUUCAAAAAAGUAUGUGAAUGCAACAGAUAAAAAGGAAUACGAAUCUAAUGAUUCUCACAAAGGUUUGUCUCAUAAACGGCAAGUUUUUGAAGAAGAUAUAAGCAAACCUGCACCUUCUAGUGCAAAAACUCAUGAAAGUCAUAAAGGUUCAAAGAUAAAUCAAGCCUUGAAAAAAUUUGAGGAAAAUUCAUCAGUGGCACAAUCAGAUUUUAGAAACGUGCUUAAACCAAGACAAGAACAUGCUGAUAAAAGAGUGACUGAUAGAAACUACAAGUCAGAUAAACCUGCUGAUCACACACUGUCACAACUAGAUUUUAGAAAUGUUCUAAAGAAGAAAAAUGAAACUGUAUCUGCAUCUGUUAUCAGUGAACCUAAAAAUAUAAAAGCAGAUACAAGAACUGACCAGUUAAGUGAUAGCAGCUUUGAAAAAAAGAGCAUUCAAAAACAAAGAGCGGAAUUAGUGGUAAAUGUGAGAAGUAAAAGCAUAGAUAAAGGUGUUAUUACACCUAAACAGAAAAAGGAAUUUGAAAUUCCAUCACCUAAACAGAAAGAAGAAUUUGAUAUAGUUUCUAAAACUCGGGUAGAAAUACCAGUUAAAAGUGACUUUAAAAGUUCUGAUAGAACGGAAUUGGAAUUACCAGUAGUGAAACCAAAAAGUGUAAAAUCAGAACCACAGCUUGUAGAAUUUAGAAGUGUUCUAACAAGACCUGAAAGACAAAACUCUAAGGAAUCUGCUGUGGAUAUUAUAAAACCAGUUGCAAGAAGACUGUCACAGUCAAAACAAUUAGUAAUGGAUAUAAAACCAGAAAUAAAGGAAAAUUUGGAGAACCAGUCAGUUGAAUAUGGAAGCGAAGUAGUUUUGGAAUGUCUGGUCACUGGAACACCAAAACCAGACUUAAGCUGGUCCAUGAAUGAUAAAGAAAUCAAGCAAUCCAAGUUUUUCCGCAUGUCCUACAGUGAUGAUAGAGCAAAGUUGGUGAUUGCCGAGGCUUUCUCGGAGGAUGAGGGAGAAUAUACAUGUACUGCUCAAAAUACGGCAGGAACUGCAAAAACAUCGUGUAGUGUUACUGUUGAAGACAGGCCAGCUACACCAGAAAAUACAGCCGAUACAAUAGAAGAACCAUUUUCUCCAACAGCUACCCCGCCCAAAAUCUACAACAUCAGUCCUGCCGAAUUCUGUAUAUUGCGGGGAGGUACGAUCGAGUUCAAAGCAUCUUACGCAUCAGUGCCACCAGGCACUGUGACCUGGUCUCGAGGAAAACAAGAACUUCAAGCAGAUAAGAGAAUGAAAAUAGAGACCAGUGAUUGUUUUAGUACAUUGACAAUUGUUGACAUCCAGCCCGAGGACAGUGGCAGAUUUGACAUCAAAGUUGAAAACAGACUCGGAGCUGACGUAGCCUUUGCCUCUCUCACUGUAGAAGAUGUACCAGAUGCACCAGUCGGCCAACCAUGGGUCAGUGAAGUUGGUUUAUACGCGGCCACUUUAUCAUGGUAUGGACCAGCUUACGACGGCGGGUGUCCGAUCACAAAUUAUCGUGUUGAAAUGUGUGACGCUGAAGAACAGGAGUGGACACUUGUGACAUCAAAAUGUGUGAGCACCACAUGCAGGAUAGAGAAACUACAGGCCCAUACACCAUAUUUCUUCAGAGUAUUUGCUGAGAAUAAACAUGGCCUCAGCAAACCUUGUAUGACCCCAGACGUCACGGUAACCAGUGACAGACGACCUUCUGCUCUACUGAGGUUACCAAGUACAGAAUCAGAUGAUGUAUUUACGCACGAGAAUUCCGAGUUGUUAACACCAAUGUCUGAGUAUGGUAUUGUCUCACCAUUAUCACCAGAAAAGGCAGGCAAGCUUCAGACAGAUGAGGUGUCAUUUGAACAUAGAGAAGUGACAGUUUUAGCGGGCCGUGUGUUUGAGAACUUUUACAACUGCUUACAGGAAGUUGGGAAGGGAAAAUUUGGCAGUGUUUAUAAAUGUGAAGAGAAAUCUACAGGAAAAAUUUGGGCAGCAAAAGUUAUAAAAUGUCGGGAGAGUGAGAAGAAGAAGUUAUAUCUAGAAGUUGAGAUAAUGAACAAACUGAAGCAUACAAAGAUCCUCCAGAUGUGGGACGUGUUUGACGCUCCAAGGAAAAUGAUUCUAGUCAUGGAAUAUAUUGGAGGUGGAGAAUUGUUUGAGCGUGUUAUUGACGACGACUUUGAGCUAACAGAGAGAGACUGUAUUCAGUUUAUGCGACAAAUCUGUGACGCAGUCCACUACAUGCACGGUCGAAAUAUACUCCAUCUUGAUCUUAAACCAGAAAACAUCUUGUGUAUCAAAAAUGAAAGCAACAAAAUUAAAAUCAUAGACUUCGGUUUAGCCAGGUACUAUAACAAGGGUGAAAGUGUGAGGGUGUUAUUUGGAACACCAGAAUUUAUCGCCCCUGAGGUAGUGAACUAUGAUGAGAUAGGAUUUACAACUGAUAUGUGGAGUAUAGGAGUCAUCUGCUAUGUUCUGUUGACAGGAUUGUCUCCCUUUAUGGGUGACUCGGAUGCUGAAACUCUCUCGAAUGUUACACAGGGAGAAUUUGAUUUUGAUGAGGAGGAAUUUGAUAGUGUCUCACAUGAUGGGAAAGAUUUUAUUGAAAAAUUACUGGUCAAAAAGAAAAAACUAAGAAUGACUAGUCUUCAAGCUCUGGAACAUCCUUGGCUCGCAAACGAUGCUGCCCGUAUGAAAAAUCAUCGAAUAAAUACAAAGAACCUGAAAAAAUUCAUGGCCCGCAGAAAGUGGCAGAAAACUGGCAAUGCUAUCCGUGCUUUGGGCCGUAUGAGGAAUUCACUUCAGAAAUUAAUGAAGCCAGGUACCAGUCCGGGCUCAGCAGGUGGUGAUAGUUUGUCGUCUGCUUCUGGUGCGGGGUCAUCUAGUUCAAGUAGUAGUUUAUCAUCCAUGGGCUCACAAAAUACUAUCUCUGAUGUCAUAAAUGCUUCCACUCCAUUAAAGGUCACUGCUGAAGAAGACAUUGUAAUGACCAAUGAAAAUGGUGGAAAAUUUGAAUCAACCAAUCAAAAUCAAGGACAUAAAACCAGUCAAAAUAAUGACAAGCGGAAUAUAGACACUGAAAUUAAGGAAAGAAAAUCCAACUUAAAUGGAAAAAGUGUUGAUAUCAACUUAAAUUUGACUAGUGGAAAUAAAUCUGCCUUUGUUAAGUCAAACGGUAACAAUACAGGAAAUGUGGAAAAUACAUUGAGUCCUGUAAAUGUGUGCAACGAUUGCAAAAGUAUUGCAUCAUCCAAUCAAAAUGGAGGAGAAGAUUCAAGAACUAAACAUCUUCCGGUAUUCAAAAAGGAAAUGGUAGACUCUAAAGCUUUUCCGGGAGAUGUUGUCAGAUUUGAUGUGGAAUUUACCGCAGACAAAAACACCAAAGUUUCUUGGUAUUUUGAAGAUGAACUUUUAACAAAAGAUGAACAUCAUUGUAUUCAACAAUCAGAUAGCGGAACAUGUUCUUUAAUUAUAAAAGAUGUCUGCGAAGACGAUGACGGUGAAUAUAUGUGUAAAAUCGUUAACAGUUCCGGAGAAGAAUCAUGCUCGGCGGAACUUAUUGUUUAUGGUGCAUUGUGAAAGUUUACCAUCUUGAUUAUAUUCUAUGUGCCAUGUUACAAGUUAAAUCUUAUUUCGAAUUCGUUAAUUUGAUCCUACAGGUCAAAUUAACUCGAGUUCAUGAAUUCAUUUCUCAAACAUCUAAUACAACUCUCUGAAAUAUCUCAAAAUUCAGAAGAGUUUGUCACUUACGACCAUUCAUAUGAAACAAAAAAUCAUGAGAGCGCAGUUGAGAUAUACAUAAUACAUGAUAUUUGGUACUUCUGUUGUACCAAUGAUAGGUGUUUUUAGAUCCAGACUUGAACCAAUCAGGGUUUUGGAUCCACCUGAGCAUUUGUAUUCAACCAAACUUCAGUCCAGUUUACACUGUUGACUGAUACAUUAUAUCCAAUCAAAAUCAGUCCAGUUUUUUUAAAACUGUUGACUGUUACAUUUCAACCAAUCAAAAUUCAGUCCAGUCUUUACUGUUGACUGACACAUGACAACCAAUCAAAAUGCGACAAACACGACUUGUGACCUUAUUACCUUAGCUCAAUGCCUCUUAGAUAUUAGUCAUUAAUAUUAAUCAAAUAUGACAGCAACAUUGAAGUUUCUUAUACUUUGAACACAACUUUUUUUUAGUAUAAUACCAAAAUAGAUAUUGGUUAUUGAAUUUUAAAUGUGUAUGUUAUCAGAUAUUGUAUCUCAAAUUAGUAACAAGAUAAAUAUUAAAGAGAUUUUAAGAGAUGAAAACUUUGGAAUUCAAAGACUUUGAUGUUUGUUAUCAUAUUCAAGUUUUCGUACAGUGUAUGUCUUAAACAAAAUUAUAUUUCUCUCUGGAAUGCUUGCAAAAUCCCUAAUUCUCUUGGAUUCUUAUAUGACCUUACAUGUAUUUGUAUCAUAGAAAUACCUGCAAUAGCCAACCCAAGCUACAAAUAUAUGUACGCUCAUAGGAGUCCAUUUUUCGUACAAUUUCGACCCUCGGAUAACCCUGAUGAGCAUUUCACAGACAAAUGAAUUCAGCUGAUAGAAAUGUGCAAUUUUUUUUUGUUAUUUCUUUGUAUGUAGAUAAUCCUUUUUCUUUCUUAUUGUUAAUUGUUAUUUACUUAUAACUUUUGUAAAGUGUAGUUGUAGAUAUCUUCAGAAACUUCUUACAAGAUUUUUUUGACAUUUUUUAAAAUACCUGUUGUAGUAUUGUGUAUAUAACGUAACUAAGUUAUUUAUAACUGUUAAUCUUUUAUUUCAAAGUUAAGAACACAGCAUUGUAUUUAUAUAACAAAAUGACAACAUUUUGUGAUAAAACUAUUAAGUAUUAUUUGUGAUAGUAUAUUUACUAAUAUAUGUAAUAUUUGUAGAUAAUAAACAUUUAAUAUGAUGUUAAUCAUGAAACAGCUGCAUACACUGUACAUUAACUUCUACCCAAUAAAAGUAGAUAAAAUUAUAA